CUUUAUGAUACAUGGUUUAUUUACACAUAUAUACAGCCUGAAUCCAACAGAGGAAUGUCCAGCAAUACAGUCCAACAGGUUCUGGCCUCUCCCAUAGACACAACAUUGGAUUCAAAACAAAUAGCACCCUGCUUUUCUUGGCUGUCUCACUCUAACCUAUUGCUUAGUAACUGCUCCUUAACUCCGAGAACAGGGCAAUAUAUAAAUUCAAUAAACAACAACUCCACUUUAGGUUCCAUGAUGGAGGACAGCCAAGGUGGGAUAUAAAUACAGUACAAAUUACUGAACAAAAAAACAAACAAACAUGCUAGUGUGGAUGCAGACCAACUACAUUUACUUUGCCGGAUGAGCAAUCAGCAAGUUGCCAGUUGCACAGUUUGCAUUUAUUUAUUUGUGCAAGGGGUUUAUGGAUCGUUUUUCAGGUGGACACCACUAAGUGUUUUUACCACAGAUUAUGACAAGCUUUGGGGUUGUUUUUUUAUUUAUUAAAAGAAAGUUAAGAUAAAACAAGGGCAACAGUUUGCUUAGAAAUAAGAGAUAUCCAGAAGCCCCUGCGGUGCAGGUCAGGGGGGCGCGGCUGGGGGGCGGCAGGUCUCUCUUGUUUUCUGAUCCCUUCGAGGAAAGGCGGUCCUUCAGAAGCUUAAUGUCGGAUAUAUAGCGAUACGUAAGUAAAAAAGAAAAGAAAACCCAGUGUCUGUGUGCAUCUUCAUGUACGCUUGGAAAACGCCAUGCGUAUGAAAGUCAGCACCGUGCGUGCGUCUCUUUGUGUGCAAAGUGGCUUCGCUGCACUUGCUGCACGUUCUUACGAGCGCUUAUAGACGAGUUGCGACACUUGCCGCCGAAUACGUGCUUAAGCACGAAAAAAACCUGCCUAAUUUAAAACACGCCGCGCCAGGGACCUUUGCGCGCGCCGUUAAGAAGUGCCGACACAACGCCUGGAUCGGCGGCGACGCCACAUGCCGAGCUUCCAUUCGCAGCAGCGGCAGUUCCAGGUCUGGCUGCGCGCGCGGAUCUAUAGUAAUCUUGUCUAUAUAUAGCUUCCCUCCGCGCGGCGUCAGGGCUAUCCUGUCAGCUCCCUCCCGCCGCCGCCUCCUUGUUUGUUGCGUAUGAACGAGGAGCCGCGCUUCUCUCCUCUCGCCGCCUCUCCUGUAGGGGGCGCUAGAGUACCUCGUCUGCUUCCCCUUCCCUCAGAGGACACUCAGGCAGCCCGCAGCGCCAGGCGUGAGGUAAAAAGAGCUAGUAAGAAGCAGAGGGAAAGAGGGGGGGGGGGAUGGCGCACGCGCGCUCUCACUCUCUCUUCCCCAGACGUCACGUGAUAAUGAAAAGCCUUCUCCCCCUCCCCUCCCUUUUCUAUUUAUUUAUUUCCCUCUCUGUCUCUUUCCCCGUUGGCCACGCGACUGCUUCAGGCCACCAGGGGGCGCCGCCUCAGGGCAGGACUGUCUGAUUGGUUGGCUGCGGCGAACGAGCGCUGUUGAUCAAGCAAGGAGGGAGGGGGGCGAAAGAGAGAGAGGGAAAAGGCCCAACGGCUGCGGCGGCGGCGGUUGGCGGCGCGAGACUCUUUCAGCGCGCCGUGCGUGACGCGGCGUUCCGAGAGGGAAGGUCGGAGGAGGAGCGACGGCGAGGUGAAGGCGCAGGCGAGGCGAAGUGUGUGAGGAGAAGCUGCUGCUGCUGCUCUCGCUGCGGCGGCGGCGGGCGGCGUGAGCCGGGGACGCGAUGUGAGGUUUCCACACGGCCCGGCCCGGCAGGGCAGGAGGCGACGCCCGGCGGGCGGGCAAAGGUGAGAGAGGCUGUGGACGAGGUUGGCCCGCCGCCUUCGCGCACAACUGCCUGCCUAUCCCGGUGCGGAAGCGGCGCUUGUUGUGUCUGAAGCGGCAGCGGGGGAGGCCCCCAUGUGGCGCGUACACACGGCGCAGGCAGACACGAGGGUUGCCUGACCCUGCAAGUCUCACGGAGGAGGCGGGCGAGGGACCAAAGCUUGGGCAGGCCGGCCGGCGGGCCUCCCUCCUGGCUGGCAAGCGGGGCUUGGGUUGCUCGCUUCUCCUGAGGGGAGAGGGCGGUCGGCUGUUUUAAGUCAGCGAAGCCUCGGCCUCCUCGAAGGCGCCAACCCGGUUGACGCCGCCGCAGCCGCCGCCGCUGCCCUUAGUUCCGGAUCAGCGUCGUUGGCAAGCCGAGCACGUCCUGGGAACCAUGGCGGUGCCUGGCAGCUUUUUCCCAUCACUGCAGCUGCCUUGCUGGUGGCUGCACAGCUCGCACUCGGCGUGAGGAAGUGGGGAUGCCCGGGGUUUAUCUACUGACACGGAAGGAGAUGCUGUUUAUUCCGUGCUCCUUCCUCUGCGUCUUCAGGCGCCCGUGCCCAUUGCAAAACUAAGACGCCGGCUACUCAGGCUCGGGGUUUAAAAGAAAAAGGGGAAAGCGGGUAGAAAGGAAAGAGCGGUGCCGCAUGAAGGCUGGCGCGAGUUAGAUGCAACAGGAUUUCACAGCUGGGUUGCGAUAAGAAACAUGUUUCCAGUUGCUUGUGGAGGACAGGGACGAAGACAGUUGCUCAGAUGGGAUCAUUUCUUAUUUCUUUGAGGGUAUAUAUUGUUCAAGCAGCCGUCAUUCAUCGUUACGUGUAUUCGACAGCUACCCAGUUUGCACGUUUCAGUCCCAUAAUUCUUGCAAGGGAGGAUGGAAUUUCUUGCCCUAAUAAUACGUACUGCCCUAGAGGUUCAGAACAAAAGGUCAAAUAGAAGUCUUCGUACAUAUCUUUAUAUGCUUAAUCACUAGUGAACACCAGAGGCUGUAGUUAGAUAAGAUCCUUAUAACAGCUUCGUUAAACUAAAGAUAAUUAAACACACCUAGUCUCUGAAGACCUUUCAUUUGCUAUCUUGUCUCUUGUGUGACAUUAACUUUUUUCCUGACAUUGGCCUUUUAUUCUGUCUCUGUAAGGCUAGUUUUACCUGCUGAUUGAUUGAACAUUGCAGAUCAUUACUAGUGGGGGUAGCAUUAGAAAGACCACAUAAUAAAAAGAUCUUUUUACUUAUAAAACCAAAAAAAUAAAACUAUUUUUUUCUUAAUGGCUGUUCUGAAGCUUCUCGUUCACAGGGCAAAACCAUUCUGCCUUUUGGUAGUAUGUAUGCUUUGGAUUAUGUGUUGAGUCAGAAGAAAGACACUAACUUGGGGAAUGUCCCACUGAAUAAUGUGGGCCUGAGAUCUGAGCCUUGGUCAUAACUUGACCUUCCGCUAACCCAAUGAAACCUGGAAAUUUAAUAGGAAGAAUUGCCCCAGCAUUGGGUAUUGGUAUACCUAGCUGAAAAUCUACCUGAAGUACAUCUUUAGGCCUAUAUGUUAUAAUUAAAUCAUGUGGUUAGCUUUUUAUGGAAAAUUGAGGCAACUUGAUGAUCAAGUUUGGUUGGACCAUACCCUUAACAUUCAAAGUAAUUUCCUUCCAAGACAUGUUAUUUAUUUAUUUUUGUUUGUGGGUUUUUUACAUGCAUCUCAAGGUGAUGCACAGACAUACAGUAAAAACAGCUAAAAUAUUUUUUAAAACAGAGAUUUCUGCAGAGUCACAAUUGGACCCAUGCCAGUCCCAAAACCUAUUCCCGCCCCUGUGAGUCCACUCUCACAGGCUGACUUGACUUGCAAGUAUCUGUUUUAUGUUUAUUGAAAUAUCAGCUAGUCAUGAUGGCUGUGUGCCAGCUCAAAAAUUGGAAUACUGGUUCCCAGGAAGCACAAGUGGGGACAGUACUGUUGUAUUCAAGUCUUGUUUGCAGGUUUUCCGUAGGCAUCUCAUUUGACCGCUGUGAAAACAGGAUGCUGGACUAGGUCGGUCUUGGUCUGAUUUAACAGGGUUCUUAGAUUCUAAUGCUCUGUAUGUUUAUUAUUACUUUCUUUCUAGAAAGCUUGUUGGUGUCUCUUGUAUCUUUCUCUUACAUCAAGUAUGUCAGCUUAUAUUAUGGAUGGAUAUUUUGUAUUAUUAUUACAGUUGUAUCUUGGAUCUCAAACAGAAUGCAUUCCGGGAGUCCGUUCGACUCCCGAAACCAUUUGAAAACAAAAGCACAGCUUCCGAUUGGCUGCAGGAGUGUCCUACAGCCAAUUGGAAGCUGCGCCGGAUGUUCGGCUUCCGAAAAUCGUUCAAAAACCAGAACACACACUCCUGGUUUUCGAUCGUUCGGGAGCCGAAAUGUACAAGUUCCAAGGUGUUCAGCAACCAAGGUACAACUGUAUUGUACUAUUAGUACAAGUCUGUCAUGCCCUUUGGCUAGAAUAAGAAACUUAAGAACUGCACUGAACUUUCUUUCUAACUAGGGAACUUUGAUAGUCUGGAUUGGGCUGAUCAUUGGAGGCAGGGGGUACAAUUGUGUAUGUACAGUAUUGCUUAGUAGCAGAGAACAUCUAAGCAUGUAUUGUUCAUAAUUUACUGUGGGUGGGAGUUUACCCUACUUCAGUACAAGCCAUCGUGACUUACUAGAGCAAAAUAAAAUCAUAAGCACAUCAAAAAAAUUGCACAAUCAAGAACAGCACCAUAAAAGUUUUUUUAAGUGAAUAAAGCAUUCUUGAUGCAACUGCUAUAGCAGACAAAUUGUGUUUUGGACAGCUUUGCCUUUGACCUUCAGGGCUUCACUGAUGGAAGUGGAUUGAAGGGCUGAACUGACUUGAAGCAAUUCCACAUUUUUGUAGUCACCAACUACCACUGGAUCUUCACCAUGCAUAAGAUGAACUUAAACAGUCAUAGUUGGUGCUAAGUCAUAAUUAAGCAUUAUGUCUACACAAUGCUUCGUUGGUUUUAAAGCAAGCCAACUUCACACCAUGAAUUAUGAAGCUAGUUUGUUAAACUAAUCAGAGUUCAUUGUAAACCAUGAUCUCUGAUCUUGAGACACAACAAGCUGAGCUUUAGGGAAAGCAAGACUUAACUUAGUUGUUGCAGCUAAGAGAGGGAUAGUGGAAUGUGUGAGACUGAGGUUCAGUUGGAUUCAUUCCAGGUUGUACAUACCAAACCAUGUUUAAACCAUGGUGUGAAAUCAGUCACAGUAUUUUAAAGAUGCUAACUGAACUCUUCGUUAGCUUUCUAUCUAGAAGAACUCACAACACAGAUCUGAGUUCUCCUUGUUAAUUAAUAAGCUGUCAGUAUACAUAAUUAUUCACUAAAGUUGACACAUCCAUAUACUGUAGUAUAGAAUGCUUGUAAAAGUUACACUUGGAAUCUCCGCAAGUUGACAUAAUUAGUCCUUUAAUUUUUAGGGAAGGAAAAUUGUUUAUAAUGGAUACUUCUGUUAACAAAUACUCAUGUCUCUGGAAAUCAUGUUUUCACAUUUUGCUUCCAUAUCCAAAAGCAAACUCUGGCUCAGCAACUUUUCAAGCACAGAAUCUGUGCUGUAUCUUGGGUGUCAUCCCAGCCCUUAUGUGGAUACCCUAUGUGUGAUUGCUGUGCCUUGUUUUCAUGGCCAGAUCAUCUGUGCUUUGCAUGGUUACUUGUCUCAGGCUUUUCACACCAUGCAUUUCUAGUGCAGUUUUGUAUUUAACAACUUGUGGGUUGCCAUGGGUGACAAGGAAUUCUGUACAGGUGAAUGAGUGGGCUGGAGGAGAAGUAAUAGUUCACUCCAUCCAUUCUGGCUGUAGAGGAAAGGAAGCCCCUGCCUUUGUGGCCAACACCAAGGCAUAGCAGGCUUGUGGAAGAACGACCUGGGUUGGAUUGCAUUCUGUUAAAUAUAUUUAGUCAGUGUUUGAAACUCCCAUUGUUCUAGGUGCAUUUUGCGACAGGGAGACUGGAGAAGAUACUUUCUUAAGAAUAUUAGGGGAGUUGGCAGGGGAAAGACUAGACCCUGUGAAAAAUGAACAUAAUAUUUUCGCUGCAGUUCAUUCAUUUUCAGCUUUGUAUUCUUGUUAUAAAAAAGCACGCUUAGACAUUCCGUUGUUGUGCCCAUAACCUAGGCCUAAGGUGCCAUUUAGCUCUUAGCUUUCAUAUCUCAGUUUCUAACACUGCAUUUAGUUCCCAUAGAAAUAAAGAGGACCUACAUUGGUAAAGACUUACAUUGAUUUCAUUGAUAAGUACAGCUAAGUUAGCCUGGGUAUAAUCCAAUAUAUGGUAUAAAAUUAAAGCACAGAAUUUUAAUUUGCUUUUUAUAACUAGCCCCACACUACAAUUUAAAUUUCUGUUUAAGAAACAGUGCAGAAGAGUUAAUGGUGGCAGUUUCCACCUGUUCUUUUAAAGAGUGCAAACACUCUAUGAAUAUUGUUUCUACUCCUCCUUUUAAAGAGCAUUAGUUUAACCUAUGUGACUUCAGAGAUUGAAAUAACAUUAUACUGAUACACAUGGGGAUUUUUUGAACCCCUUGAUUAUCUUUGUGGUAGUCCCAAACACCGUAUGUCUUGUGUAUCUGUUAGGUUAAUCUUCACAGAAUUGUGUGGUAGUGGCUACGCAAGUGGAACUAAUUGACAUAAGAUUCUCCCUAAUAGGAGGUCCUAGAGAAGGUGCUCUCCAUUUCCACACAAAGCAAAUAGUUGCAGAAUGCAUAGAAAAUGUAGGAUAGCUUAUAACCAUUCUACUGAAUGGCAAUUUCAAAACACCAAAAGAAUGCUAUGCCAAUAAUAUGAAGAUGAAAACACUAACCCAAAAAUGCAUCUGCAGAAGACGGUGACUAUACCUUAUAGUUUGUGUGUACACACUCUGAAUAUGGGGUAGAAGUGCCUAUAUAGAUUUUGAAGAUAAAUGUGUGGCUUCCUACUUGAGAAAAUCGGAUAGGAAUAUGACCAAUCAAUGUAGAAAGUAAAAUAAAUUCAUAUUUGUGCUGCUUGUACUUGGGUAGUAAAAUAUCAAAAAUAAGGCAGCAGAUUCAGAGGUGUUUCCCAAUGUGUAACUGUUCAGAGCCCAUCUGCUUCUGCAACUGCUUUCUAAAAAUGAACUGUCUGUAAGAAUAGAGCCAUGAAAGCAUGCCUGUUUGGCUGAAGAACUGUAGACACUUCCAAAUCUCAAUGUUGAAGAUGAGUAUUCUGUGCUUUGGUAUUUUGUUUUAAGACUUUAGAAGCUCUUUUCCCCCAAGAGAGCUAGGAAGGGACAAAGGUAGUCAGGCUAGGAUGAAGGAGAUCUAGUUUCAAAUCCCUUUGGUCUCACCUGCUCCUCAAGCAGGUUUAUUCAAAGGAUUUGAAUAAAUAAGAAUUGUGCAUACUUUGAAUUGUGCUUCAAAUUAUUGAUGGCAUCCAGCAGUAAAGAAUUCAACCUAAGAAUAACAAAACACUAUACUUGUUAUCUAGAACGCAGAAUAGCAAAAUGAUGGUCCUGGGAUGGAACAGGGGUCUCCAAUGCAUCCUGUAUUGUGGUAGUAAAGUAACAAAGAAUGCCAUUGUGUUCUUAAUUUAUGUCUAUGCUACUCAAAUUACCUUUCAGGGUUGGGGGUGUAAUAUCAGGCAGGUUGUGGCAGGACUGAUGCAAUUACUUCCUUGUUUGGAUCCCCUGGAGGAAAUAAUAAUUGACCAUUUUCCAACUUGUUAUCAGAAGGCAUGAUGUUUGAUUUACAGUGAAGUGUUAAGGAGGUGAGGUAACUUUCACCCACUAGAGUACUGCUGGGUAAUGUAUCUGGAAUCCUGAGGCAGGGUAUUUACCAGUCCUACUUACCCCCCCCCCCAAAGUUUAACUUGCCUUAGUGAGUAUUCUACUGCCCUCUGGCAAUGCAGUGGCCCCUGGGCAUGCUUCAACCUUGGAGCUUGAGGAGGGGAGCAUAUAUUGUCUCUAAACCUGAGCUGAGCUUUAGACGUUCUCAGUGCAACUCUAGGCACAAUCCCCUUCCUAAACCCAUGUUGGAAAGAAACCUGAGAUCCAUUUUGGUUCAGUCUUUCUGAAGUGGUUUGAGCACUUCAGAACUGCAGAGCCAAUGCAAACACAAGCCUCCCUGUCUGGCUUCAAGUUGGAGAGGGUGUCUGAGGCUUGUUUCCACACAUUGCAGUUUGAAGAACAAUGUGUCAACCCACCCCUCUUUUUCCAAGCUUAGUGUUGUGGGGAGGAGCAAUGGGUUGUUUUUGAAUUUCCAAGGUGCAGUGUGUGAGGUCAGGAGGGAGGGAGCAGCAGUGUCCUGGCAACCAUACAUUUUGAGUUGGCUGCCCAAAAUGUAUGGAUUCCUACCUUUUGUUGUGCUUUCUGACUGUUGGGGUGUGUGCUAAUGCUCUUCUCUCGAAAGUUCUCCAUCAGUGAGUUCCCACUUUUGUGCUCUGUGUUCUAAAGAUAUGGAACUAAAUCUGGCAUGGCUAACUUCUUUUGGACCAAGAUCCACAUUGACAGUCAUCCUUCUGAGGGCAACAUGCCAGUGGUGGUGUGGCCAAUACACACACACAAUGCAACAAGUGCGUACACUCACUACACAUGCAGUCGUGCAGCACUCUCCCUCUCUUGUGUCACACACUGCACACACAUGCAGUCAAACACUAUACAUAAGCUGUCACAGCUGCCGAAGCAGACAUACAGUUAACACACAUGCAUGCCGCCAGACUUUCAUUCAACAUUUGCAGCUCUCUGGAAACGCUGCUUUUUUUCUUUGACACUCAGCAUUCUGUGCAAAGUAAAUGGCAGCAUUUUAACCUACUUCAGUGCUACGCUGGAGGAAAACCCGCCUUUUACUCUGAAACAGCAGACAGAGGGCUUAUCUCUGAUAUCCGCACUGUGGUUCUUAGCACUGCAAUGAGGCUACAUCAUUUUAGCCCAGUAAUAGGCCCUGAUUCAGCAAGCCAAGCCACAGGAAGUUGUCUGCCAGCGUCCAAGCACCAUCUCCUAAUCUCAAGAGGGGGAAAAAAUCCCUCUGACAUUGCAUCUAGUUUGUCCUAAAUGUCACAAUGUCAACUGCUAUUUUGGUUUGUACAGCUAGGUGAGAGGUUAUUUGAAAGAUUGGGCCAGAAUAUAGGCAAAUAACACCUAGGGUUCAAGAUAGACUUAAGUUGUGCAAUAUUAGGUUAAAGAUUUCUAAAGUGUUUGCAUACAUGUGAAUUUAUAUUUUGUGGUAAGAGAAUGGAUACAUCAGGUGUGCUGUUUAAAGUCUUCCCAAUGUAAAUAUUUGUAGCUCCUACACCUCAAUUUGAAAUUAUAUAAUAGUAAUACUGACAAUAUUUGUUUGUUUUUUUUCUCCUUAAAUAGCUUCACUAUGAAGGAAGGUGGAUGGAGAAAAAGAGCCAGUGACAGAGAUGGCUGGGGAGGAUGGGUAUGUUCAAAUCUAAAAUUAUAAACAUAACAUUUUAGAGUGUUAGCUUGCUUUUUACUAGUGUUUAUAGGUAGCUUUAACAUAACUAUUUUAUUUCUAUAAUAAUAGCCAUACCGUUUUCAUCUCUGACUUAUGCAAAGAGUAAUGGAUGUUUAGAUAAUACUAUCCAGUUCUUAUGGGACAUUGGCUAGAAAAAUUGCCUAUGAUAUAUUUUUUUUCUUGUGCUUAUGCAGAACAUUCAGGUUUUUGUAGGUGCUUAGUAGUGAGUUGGCUGUGAUUUUGACCCUGCUAAGGAUUAUUAGUUGCAUUAUAUUUGUAUUAUUAUGUAAUACAAUAUACAGUGGUGCCCCGCAAGACGAAUGCCUCGCAAGACGGAAAACUCGCUAGACGAAAGAGUUUUCCGUUUUGGAGGUGCCUCGCAAAACAAAUCUGCUAUGGGCUUGCUUCGCAAGACGAAAAUGUCUUGCGAGUUCCUGGGUUUUUUUUUUCCUUUCCCCCCUCUUUUUCUAAGUCGCUAAGCCGCUUAUCUGCUUAUCCGAUAAGCUGAUAAGCUGCUAAAAGCCGCUAAUAGCGCUAAUAGCGCUAAUCCGCUAAUCCCGUCAAUGGGCUUGCUUCGCAAGACGAAAAAACCGCUAGAUGAAGAGACUCCCAGAACGGAUUCUUUUCGUCUUGCGAGGCACCACUGUAUUAUAAUACAUAGUAUAUUAUUAUAGUAUAUUGUAAUACAUAUAUUGUAAUAUAUCUAUUACAUACAUGUAUUAAAUAUAUAUAUUAUUUAACACUCCCUUGAGAUCCAAUGUUGAAAAGUGGUAUUAAAAUAUUCUAAUAAUAAAAUAAAUAAAUAAUGUUUAUGUGGUUAUUCCAUUAAAAAGUUUUUCACAGCUAUAUCUUCAAGCCAAAACCAAACUGAUAUUAAAUAGUUUUAAAGGCUAGCAAACCUUUUGACUCAUUUCCAUAGUUAGACACAAAAAAGUUGAAUGUAUCUCUAUCUAAAGUCUGUUUUAUUUUUACUCCAGGGAGGAUAUAUGCCUGCCAAAGUCCAGAAACUGGACGAUCAGUUCCGUUCAGAGGCAGCUAUGCAACACCAAAAAGAUGGAACUUCAUCUGGUAUCUUUAAUGGAGUUGCCAUCUAUGUCAAUGGCUUUACAGGUGAUAGCUUUCAUUCUUUCAAAAUAUUCAUUCAAAUGCCUUUUUAAGAAAAAUUAGGAUGAGGCAAAGUUGAUGAAGGAGCUAUAUUGUGUGGAAGUCACAAAGCAAUUUAUGUAUCAGUCUCCUUCUGGCCAUAACUUUCUAUAGUCUUGUUUUUGAGGGGAGCCGUCUAGACUGCUUUUGGCCUGGUGAAGCUCCCCUAGCAAACUAAAAAUACUUCAAAAUACACAAAGUAAUACUUUAUGUGGAUUUCACAAGAAGCAUUUCUAAUGCAAGAUUUAAAUGAGUAAUUGAAGUGUAUAAUUUUUCUAAAAUUAGUAUUACACCCCCACUUCCCCCCCACCCCCGGUAUUCUGUAUGUAGGCUGCUUUGCCCUCCACUAGGGCUGGAAAUAUCAAGAAAUAUCAACAACCUCAGAUAUGCAGAUGACACAACCUUGAUGGCAGAAAGUGAGGAGGAAUUAAAGAACCUUUUAAUGAGAGUGAAAGAGGAGAGCGCAAAAUAUGGUUUGAAGCUCAACAUCAAAAAAACGAAGAUCAUGGCCACUGGGCCCAUCACCUCCUGGCAAAUAGAAGGGGAAGAAAUGGAGGCAGUGAGAGAUUUUACUUUCUUGGGCUCCAUGAUCACUGCAGAUGGUGACAGCAGUCACGAAAUUAAAAGACACCUGCUCCUUGGGAGAAAAGCAAUGAGAAACCUAGACAGCAACUUAAAAAGCAGAGACAUCACCCUGCCAACAAAGGUCCGCAUAGUUAAAGCCAUGGUUUUCCCAGUAGUGAUGUAUGGAAGUGAGAGCUGGACCAUAAAGAAGGCUGAUCGCCGAAUAAUAAUAAUAAUAAUAAUAAUUUAUUAUUUAUACCCUGCCUAUCUGGCUGGGCCUCCCUAGCCACUCUGGGCGGCUUCCAUAGAAACCAAAAAUACACUAAAAUAUCACACAUUAAAAACUUCCCUGAACAGGGCUGCCUUAAGAUGUCUUCUGAAUGUCAGGUAGUUGUUUAUCGCUUUGACAUCUGCUGGAAGGGCGUUCCACAGGGCGGGCGCCACUACCGAGAAGGCCCACUGCCUGGUUCCCUGUAGCUUUGCUUCUCGCAAUGAGGGAACCGCCAGAAGGCCCUCGGCGCUGGACCUCAGCGUCCGGGCAGAAGGAUGGGGGUGGAGACACUCCUUCAGGUAUACUGGACCGAGGCCGUUAGGGCUUUAAAUGUCAGCACCUACACUUUGAAUUGUGUUCGGAAAGAAUUGAUGCUUUUGAAUUAUGGUGCUGGAGGAGACUCUUGAGAGUCCCAUGGACUGCAAGAAGAUCAGACCUAUCCACUCUUAAGGAAAUUAGCCCUGAGUGCUCACUGGAAGGACAGAUCGUGAAGCUGAGGCUCCAAUACUUUGGCCACCUCAUGAGAAGAGAAGACUCCCUGGAAAAGACCUGAUGUUGGGAAAGAUUGAAGGCACAAGGAGAAGGGGACGACAAAGGACGAGAUGGUUGGACAGUGUUCUCGAAGCUACAAACAUGAGUCUGACCAAACUGCGGGAGACAGUGGAAGACAGGAGUGCCUGGCGUGCUCUGGUCCAUGGGGUCACGAAGAGUCGGACACGACUAAACGACUAAACAACAACAAGGGCUGGAAACCUUAGGCUGCAAUCCUAUUCUAACUUUCCUGGGAGUAAGAAGUGGAACUUACUUCUGAGUAGAUGUGUGAUUAGGAUUGCUGUUGUUGUUUGAUGAAAGGUUGGCUGCGCUGGUUUUAGAUCUUAAUUUUACGUUACUGUGUUAAGAUGCUAAAGAACAUUGUGAUCCUCUCUGAGACUGUUUUUGCAGUGAAGGGCAGAAUAUAAAUUCUGAAAUUAUUUAAUUUAUUUAACAUUAAGUACUUACCCAUGUAUUUUCAUAAAUCUGUUACAGAUCCAUCAGCUGAUGAACUGAGGCGGCUAAUGAUGUUGCAUGGAGGACAAUAUCAUGUAUACUAUUCUAGAUCCAAAACAACACACAUUAUUGCAACAAAUCUUCCAAAUGCCAAAAUAAAAGAACUCAAAAGGGAAAAAGUAGUCCGACCAGAAUGGAUAAUAGAUAGGUAAAUAUUAUUGGAGAAUUAUAUCCAGGCUUGUUAACAUUGUUUAAGUUAAGGAUAGGAAACUAAGAGCCCUACAGGUGCCAUUGGAUUCCAGCUUAAAUCAGCCCUGACCGUUGGCUGUGCUGGCUGAGGUUUAUGAGAGUUGGAAUCUACCAACAUAUGGAGGACUACAGGUUUAAGUGUUCCAAAUGUGAACAAAUUUGAAAAGACAAAACAAAACUGCAUUCUGAAAUAUUAUUUAAUGUGUGUUAAAUGUUUUUAAAAAUAUGUGAUUAUCCUAUAAAUCUAUGAUGGAUGGAUCAAAUUUUGUGGGAAUUGAGUGCAAAAUAUUGAAGAGGCAGACUGUUGAGUGCUUGGUAAAUAAAUUUCUGACUAAAAUAAGCCUACAGUAAUGGUUUUGAUUAAUAAAAUUACGAUCAACAGGAUUGUUGAUUAAAGUGAAUGUUAUAAAUUUAAAGAAAAAUUUCUUUCUGAUAAGCACUCAGUGUGCAACUAACUGUUCUCUGAUUUAAUGAUGUAUUGUUAAUUCAGGGCUGGAGAUAAAAAGCAAAAUCAAACACUAUUUUAUCUUACUGGGCAUAUAGUUACGUAUUUCUUUAUACAAAAAGGUUUAAAAGAAUGGAAAUAUAAAUAAUAGUUUUAAUGAAAACUUAGAAUCUCUCAUAAUACAGUCAUACCUUGGGUUACAGACGCUUCAGGUUGCGCGUUUUCGGGUUGCGCACCAUGCUGAACCUGGAAGUACUGGAACGGGUUACUUCCAGGUUUCGGCGCAUGCACAGAAGUGUCGAAUUGCGACCCGCGCAUGUGCAGACAUGGCGCUGCGGGUUGUGAACGUGCCUCCCACACAGAUCACGUUCGCAACCCGAGCGUCCACUGUAUUAGGAUUUAUAAAUAAUGGAGUAAAUUAUUCCUUAUUUAUACCUUGUUAUACCUUACAUGUGUUCAACUUUAUUGCAUUAUUUUGUAUUCUUUAGAUAGUAGCAAUUAUUUUACUGACAUCUCAUUUGAAUUUUACUGAACAUAUUGGGAAAACAAAUGAUCUGCACUUGAGACUAUCCCCAUUGUAACAGCUAAGAUUACGCUACUCCCUUAGAAACCUGGUCACAUAAGUGCUAACAAGUUAUGUUCUUUUAAUUGGGUAAUGUGAUCUUACUGUAGUUUUCUUAAUUGCAGCAUAUAUUGGCUUUUGAACCAUUGCCAAACUUCUUGUUAGUGUACAGAUUGAAGCUGGAUGGGAAAUACACCAUCAAGAAUUAAGUUUCAGUAUUGCUAUGAUUUGGCAGUGCAUUUCCCUAGACCAUGCAUAAUUAUAUUCCUUUUCUGCAUAACAGGGACUUGGUUGCGUUUAUCACAUCAUAAACCCUCAGAGAAUAUUCUAGCAUUGCAGGUGGGAAUUGUGGAAGAAGCUGCAUUCAACUCCACAACCCCAAAUAUAAGUCUUGCUCAAACAGUAAUAUUUCACUUAAAUAAUUAUAUACAAUUAUAAGAACUGAAGUAACUGACAGAGUAGCAGAGGUGCAUGCCAAUGGUAGGCAGAGUGAGAGGGGGAAAUCACAUGGGAAUAGAUUGAAGUGCAUGAAGCAACAGAUGUGAGCUUUAACUUUGUACAAUAGGCUAUAUUUCAAUUGUGCAGUGGCUGCAGGCUUACGUCCUGCUUCCAAUCGAUCAAAGAGGCGUUAUAACAGCUCAGGGACCUAUUCCAGCCAGGCAAAAAGUACUUGAGGGCACAAAGCAGAGCCAGUGAAGAACAUGACCUGAAAAAAUCUUGCAGGCUGGAUAUGGAGACUAGCAGGCCACAUUUGGCUCCCAGACCUGAGGGUUCCCAACAUUGCCUUAAAUUUGUAAAACCUUUCCAGUUUAAUAAGUUCUGUUUUCUGUAUAAAAUAAUGGGACAAUGAAGUGUCUAGAAAUAAGACAAUCAAGCUAGUAAAGUAGAAAUAUACAAGUGCAAUCAACAGCUUCUCUCCCCAACAUUAAAUACAUUAAUGAAAGUAAGUGCUGUUCAACUGGGGGGUAUACCCCACUACUUUAAGAACAAGAUAAAAACUAUGUAGUAGUAGAGUCAGAAUUUGUUAUGACUUCUCUGAUCAAUUAAACUCUCAUCUUCUUUACAGCAUAAAGGCUGGACGGCUCCUUUCAUACAUUCCAUAUCAGCUUUAUACAAAACAGUCAAGUUUUCAAAAAGGCCUCUGUUUUAAUACCAUAUGCAAACCUGAAGAACCUAUUGCAGGUCCUAGCAAUAUCUCUGUGGAGUUCAACAGGGUGUAAGUAAUUAUCUUGAAUUACAAAUUCAGAUUAUGUUAGAUGAUCAUCUCGGAUCAUUCAUGUUAAUGCUGUUUAUGCAGCUCUUAGAAGAUCUCUAGGCAUAUUUCAAACUACUCUUUAAAACUUAGUGGACUAAGUUUAUGAAACAAUUCUGUCAACUUGUUAUUAAAACUAGUGUGUGUAUGGGGGGAGCGUUCAAAGUACAAUAGAGGGGGAGAGUUUAGUGGUAAAUGUUUUUAAUUGAUAUUUUUUCCUAAUUUCUGUAUUAUACCAUCUUUUUUAAGAAAUUGUCUAGUAAAGAAGUAUGACGUAGAGAAUGAAAUCAAAGCCAAUGGAACGUGUAAACUGAACAUGGAAGAUGAGACUGAAGAUGCCGGAGUCUUGGAUUUGGAGCAAGCCUUUUCUGCUAGCAAGCAGAACGGAAUUCAUUAUAGAGACAGCAUUUCCAUUUUCAAUGGACACACUCAUAGUUCCAACAGUGCCUUAAAGACACAGGAUAGCUUGGUGCACUCUGGCAACAAUGUUGCAAGCAGACUGUCUCCAGCUCCUGUGCAGGAGGAGGAAAGGAGAGACUUUAGAGACUGCUCUAUGCAGCAUUUUCAACAAAGCAACAAAAACACUGAACUUUUACGAAUUUCGCGUAGGACUAUGAGUAACUCACCUUGUUCAUCUUUGCACAGUAAUAUUAAAAGAAACGGUGCUCAUCACUCUACAGUUCAGGGGCCUUCAAGCACAAAAAGCACCACGGUACCUUCUCCUAGUAAGGUAGAUUCACCUCUGUCCAAACCUCCUAACUGCAGUUUCAUUUCCGACUUUUACUCUCGUUCAAGAUUGCAUCAUAUAGCUACUUGGAAGAGUGAAUUUACAGAUUUUGUCAAUACACUGCAGAAACAGAACAAUGCUAUCUUCCCAGGAAGAGAAAAGUUAAAAAAACUGAAAGCAGGGCAAUCUAUAAUUAACAAAACUGACUCAGGUAGGUACUUUUUAAAAAGCCAUUCACUCUUGUUCUUAACUUAAAUGGGUUAUGUUUUGACAUUGAAAUUUCUGUGUAAGCUAGUGAUGGGCAGUAUGGACCUCCAAGAUAAUUUGAUGAGACUAUAAAGUUCAGCAUUCCAAUUGUGCUACAGUUAAGGUUGGUUGCUUAUGAGCAGUCUCAGGAUUGUGGGAACUGGAGUACAUGCCAUGCCAAAAGGUAUUAGCUUCUCUUUUUCCGACUUAGUCACAACAUUAUUUGUUGCCUGCAUUUCACUGUUAAUGCACAAUGUAUGUAUCAAAUUCACUUGUCAGGGGGGGAAAUGGCUAAGGGCUCAUCCAGACUUCCUUUGUGUUGUGCUUUUAGAGGCAGAGGUCCACACUUGAAAAGUCUUAUGUCUGAGUAGUUUUGUUUGUUUUGAUCCCAUUGCUUUCACCUGGAAAUCCUGUGUUUUAUAGCUGAAUUGGAGCAAACGGCAAUUCACAUCAUUUCCUCCGAUUCAGUGGUAAAAUGCAGAUUUUACUGGGGGAAAUGCCAGGACAAAAAACCCCAAAACGCUCGGAUAUGGAGCUUUAAAACCUGUGUUACUAGGGGACAGGACAAAAGGAAAUCUGGAUGAGCCCUUAGUAGAGCUUCUUUAUAAAUCUCUUGUUUAGAAUGUUAGGCUUUGUAGGGAAUACCAUGUUAUACUGUGGUGUUGGAGGAUAAAAUAUAUAUCAUUAGGUUUCUAAUUUGAAAAUGACAUCUCACUGUAUUCACACUUCGGUUGCAAUACAGAUGAUUAAGAAUGUGUAUAAACUGUCUACUAUUAUUGCUACUCUUUUGGCCAGUAUUGGAAAUGUGCACUGUACUUAGUACGAGUUAGGAAAAUGGACAACUAGGUAGGGUGCUGGUAGCUUUUAGCCCAUGAUUGCUGGCAUGUGCUGUGGUGGCAUAUUUAAUUACAUUGAGAAAGAAGAGCAAUAAUGUUAAUCAGUUCUUCCAGAUUUGGUCUGAAAAUGUCAAGCGCUAGGAAAAGCCGGUAGUAUAGAGCAGUAGUUACAAAGUUAUUGUGGCCAAGUAUUUGAGUAGAUGUGUACAACAAACUCCUGAAAUUGUAUUGAUUGUAGUGAAGAACUAUAUGUGCAACAAUGAAAUGGUACCUUUGGAAACUUUUAAAACUGGGAACUACAUAGCAUUCUACAUGUUUUAAGGACAGUUAAAUGGUUGCAACUUUGGCAUGCUGGCCACAUGACCUGGAAGCUCUCUGCGGACAAACGCCGGCUCCCUCAGCCAGUAAAGUGAGAUGAGCGCACAACCCCAGAGUCGGUCACGACUGGACCUAAUGGUCAGGGGUACCUUUAAAAAAAAUAAAAAUGGUUGCAAACAAAGAGUGGGGUGGUAAAUUCUAGAUUAAUAGGAGCAUAAUAGGAAUAAAAAAAUUGUUCAGUGUGGUUUAAACUUUCCAUUUGCGUACCAUUAUAAUAGAUUAUACAACCACCUUGAGCUCAACCAAGCAUCAAAGCUGUAUAAUGCAUGUGGAUAUGGACUGCUUCUUUGUAUCAGUGGGUAUCCGAGAUAGACCUGAUCUAAAAGGUUAGUAUUCAUUCCUCUUUGCACUUUGCAGCUUUUUAUAUACCAGGUGGAAAUGUACUGUUAAAUGCACACCUGUUGGCAUGAGUAAACUUUUAAACAGAAAACUUACAUAUUGGUGGUACUGUACUUGCAAAUAUCUCUAGAUUUGUCAUUCAUUUAUCUGCAUCCAUGGAACACAGUGAAGAGUUCUCCUUUCCUCCUAGCAGUUAAAGAAGAGAUCACAUGUCUGUAGUGCUGGGGUUGCCAAUGCACAGCCUGUGGUGGUAGUGGUUGUCUUGAUUCCAGCAAAACCUUUAAGCCUCCCAUCCCCUCUUCUCUCUCCAUCAUGAGGUAGUGAGAGUGUGUGCCUUCGUGUCCCUAUAAAAGUACAUAGAACUGGAGGAGGAAGUUGUAAGAGUGAUGUUCUUUCCCACUUCAUCUUUCAGCUAUGUAUGCUUUUCAGGAUUGGUACCUGAGCAGUUGAAUAAGAAGUGGAGUGACUGAAAAGAUAAGGAGGAAAAGCUAUCGGAGGGUUUGAGGGAAAGAAAAAGGAGCAGCUAGGAGGAGACAGGGAGGGAGAAAGUUCUGUGCUGCUUUUGAGAGAGAGAAUGGAAAAGAAAUUAAGAAAGAGAAGGCACAUACAUUUAAUUGCACACACAUGCAAAAUCGGAUCCAGUAGAAAACAUCCUCCUGAAAUUGAAUAAUCAUUUCACAGGUUUCCCUCCCCCAACUACUGUCAAAUCAGAUUACAUCUGUCUUUAUAGACUGAACCAAAAAGUUGUGGAUUCAGCCCUGUUCAACACUGCCAUAGCACAAAAAUGUGUGUCCUAACUUUUACAGACUCCUCUCAAAAUCACUAUCCUGUGUGUAGAACUUGUGUUACUAAGUAAUUUGCAGUAGUGCUCAUACAUCUUUUGCAAAAAGUGCAGUGCAAUUUGACUUACAACUGUAUUAUGUCUCACAGGCAAACCGGUUGCUGUUACGAGUAACAGAGGAUCAGGAAAAUCACUGCUUCGUCCUGGUGCAAAUCCCCAGCUGGAAUGGCAAUAUUAUCAGAAUAAAUUGAAUGGCAAAGCAGGUACAAAACUGCAAUUUGUUGAAAUUGCAAAAUAAAUAAGUAUCAUAGGAUCGUCACUUAUAACAAUCCAAAGUUAGUUCUGUAGUGCUGUGGUGGUAUCUUGCUAGUUAAAAUAACUUUAUAUAAAUUUAGCUGAAAAUACCUGGCAUUGCCUGGAAAUUCCGAGAAACAAAAAACAGAGGUGUAUAAAUGGAUAGUGUAAUUUGUUAAUUUUAGGGCUCUGCACAGCCCCAACCUAACCCAAGGAACACCUGACCCUGAUCUGGUCCUGAUACUUAAUUAGGUUUUUAAUAAACCCUAUACAAUCAAGAGAGGGAUGUGGGAAAGAGACUCUGUGUAUUCUUUCUCUCUCCUUAUGACUGUGCUGCAGAGAGCAGGAGGGUUCAGGCCUACUGGGUGCUGCUUCACCAAUGCGUUCCCUGAGUGAAAUGUGCUAAUGAAGCAGAUCCCUGCAACCAGCAGGACUGCAUCUUUGUUAUGCAAUUCCUGCAGUGUGACUGCAUGUGCCAGGCCUGUUUUGCCUCCCCAUUCUGUCAUCCCCCCCCCCCACUCCACACAUCAUGGCCCGCUGUCAGUGUUGGCUCUAUGUGGUUUGGGUCCUAGCUGAUCCCCCCUGCUGCCACCACUACCUACAAUGUCUCCGCCUCCCAGUGAUCUGCCAGUGGUUGCUGCAGUAUGGGAAGCAGCUUCCUAAGCUUGACUCACCUUGGCCAGAUUUAUUCCUGCAUCAGCCGUUGCCAUCUCCAUUGCGGCCAUAACCAGUGAUGAGAGACUGGCUGACCCCCCCCCCCCCCACCACUGGCCCAACAUUCAGGGAGGUAGCCACUUAUUCUGUCCUCCUGCUCCCAGUUCCUGGAGCUCGGUCUCCUCUUCCUGCCUUCCAAACCUUUGUAGUCUCAGCCACUCCAUUUUCAGUCCCGUUGGUGUUUGCUUCCCCAGCAUGCUCCCUGCGUGUAACAUGCUGGCAAAGCAGACCACUGUAGCUAGCAAGUUUGUAACCCCCCCCCAUCAUCUUGUUUCAAACAAUGUCCAGCAUCCAAACAUAGACCAAAAAUAGCUCUUCCAUUUUGGGAACCGUCAUGCCAAAUUUGGGUGGCAAUAUUUCAAGAGGAAUCUGAAUGCAUAGAGAACAGACAGGUAGACGAACCAUUUUCCAAAAUAUAUAAUAGAUGGGGCAAUUUUUUUUGGAAUACUAUGUACAGUUUGGAUUGCCCCAUCUAAACAAAGAAUGUAUUACAACUGGCGAAGGAGCAGCGAAGAUGAACAAAGGAAUGUGACCAAUGCAAAUGGAACUUUUUAGUUUUAAGACUGCAGUGGGGAAAAGGGAAGAAAAACUUUAAUGGUGUGAAGGGAUAGAAAGGUUUUUCUCCCUCGUUAUAUUAGGACUCGGGUCACUCAAUGAAAUAGACUGGCAGUAGAUGUAGCACAGGCAAGUACCUAACUUUAUAAAUUUAUUUAUGGACAUUGUUGGCCAAAGAUAUUGUGGUAGUUAACAGAGGAUUAGAUGAUGGGUCUGUCAUUGGCUUUUAACUAGGACAGAUAAAUGUUUCUAGGCAGAAUACCAGGUUUUAGGGGCAAAUGGUUGGGGAUAAUUGUAGUCUUCCAUGCCCUGCUUUGUGGGCUUGCUAGAAGAAUGGGGCUGACUAUGUUGAAAACAGGAUGCUGGAUUAGAUGGAUCUGAUCUAGCAUGGCUGCUAUUAUUUUUCCGAGCCACGUUGUCCGAAUACUGUUUUUCCUCCUCCUUUUGUUGGAUCAUACUUCUAUCAUCCCAAGGAAGCCACAAUUUUUCCUAAACUUUUAGUAAGGCUUGAGCAGUUUGCUUUUUUAACUUGGGGCCCCCUUGCCCCUCCUGACUGAAUUUUUUAAAAGACCUGUAGCAGCGCUGCGUAGGAAGCAAAAUAUGGAGUUGCAGGUGCAGCUGCUGCUGCUGCUGCCUUGUCUCUUUCCCUCUUUUUUCACAUUGGUCUCCCUAUGAACCUAGAGACAUUGUGCAUAGAGAAAGAAAGGAGGAGGGUGGGGUAGCUGUAGCCCUGGGGCUUUGCUUACCUCUGAAACUCCUUAGAAAAUAUAGAUAAGAAGGACUCCACUGCUGCCUAGUAAGGUCAAGGAACAAAAAAGUUACAUUGAAUUUUGUUUUUAAUGGGUGUUUGUGCAUAUGUGUUAGGCAUUUUUGUUUGGAGAGUGUUUUGCCUGCUUUUUGUUUUAGUGUCUGCUUCUUGUUUUAGUGUGUUUAUGUGAUUACUAUUCUUUUUCUUUGUUUGGAAGGGAUAUACGUAGCUGGGGUGUAUGUUGUGCAUGUGGAUAUUUGUUUGUGUUAUGCAGUGUUGCUCUGAACACCACUAGCUUUGCUGCUGUGAAGUUGAUAUUUUUCUUCUUCUUUUUUUGUAAAUAAAUUUUAUUGGUUUUACAAUUUCAACUUCAACAAUUAUUUUCCAUCAAGUAAAAUUGAAGAUACAAAAUAUCCAACAUAAAAAAUAAAAAGUGAAAUAAAAGUAAAGAGAAGCAAAGAAAGAGAAAGAAGAAGAAAAAAGAAAAGAUCUUUUUGGAGGUUCUCUUUAACCUCCUGACUUCCCUCCAUUUCCUUUCCUGGUUCAUUGAAUAUAUACCUUUUCUGCAUAAUUUACAUAAACCUCUUUUUCUUCUCCUUAUUGUUUUAUCCUAAAUGCAUGCCAUCAAAUUUUGCCAUUUCAAUUCAAAUUUCCUUCCAUAAAUUUUAUCUCAACUUAACUACUUGCAAAUGUUUAGUCAAAGCCUGCUAGUGUUUCUACUUGUUUACAAUAUUUUUAUACAUAUACAAUAAAUGCUUCCCAUUCUUUUUUAAAUUUCUCAUUGUCAUUGUCUCUGAGCUUUUCCGUAAGUUUUGCCAUUUCUGCAUAGUCCAUCAUUUUCAUUUGCCAUUCUUCUAUUGUUGGUAUCUUGUCUUCCUUCCACCCUUGAGAUAUGUAGGAUCUGGGCUGCUGCUGUUGCAUACAUAAACAGUUUCUGAAGUUGAUAUUUUUUCUGGUGAUCAUGCCAGUUUCUCAGAUUUCCAAAUUUAGCCCCAGCAGAAAAUGGUUGAGGGUGCCUGAUUUAAGUGGACUGUAAUCCUUUAGUCAAGAAUAGAUAUUGUUAGAUAUGGUUUCCUGAAUUUUGUUUUGCGAUGUUGCUUUAUUCCUAGAUUGUCUUGUCCAGUGCAAGACAUCUAAGAUCUUCCAGUUCUUUAAUACAUUGAAAGGUACUUUUAAAAAGCCCUGAUUCUAAAGUAUCAUGUAGCAUAGCUGUUUUAAUAGUGCAUUGGUAGUGCAUUCCACAGUGAAAUGUUAGCACAGGAUACUGGCAAUAAAAUGUAUGUUCAUUUAUCAUAUUUAUUUCCUGCUUUACAGGUAAGAUUGGUUUCUCACUUAGAAUGAUAAAAAUCCAUCCCAAACAUAGUGUAAGUUAUUAAUCCUAAAUUGAUAUGUAUGUAUUUCUUUCGGCCUCUGAUAGCAUGCCUCAGGUUUCAGACCUGGUUUUGCCCCCAAAGGGAGGAGGCAAAAUGAGAUUGAGGUGGUCCUGGAGCCUGGCUGAUCUAACAGAUGGGACAACUCACAAAUGCAGCCCUUCUGUUCAUCUGCUAAUGGGCCACAGGAGUCUGAUACAAUGUGUCACUACAUAUGUCACAUUUGUUCCAGUAUUGUGUCCUUUAGAUACUCAAACAGACAUUCCUAAGUAUUUUUCAAUGUAAAUACUUUAAUUACAACCAGCAUCAGUAGCACUGUGUCAAGUCAGAAUUACUUCUAGAUUUAGCUUCUGCUAUUGGAGAUCAGAUAGAUAACCAUAUUGAGAUUUGUCAUAAAUACUACAGAUUGUGGAGUGGAAAGUAGAGUGGAAAGUAAGGUAAUGGGAAGAACUACAGUUAUAGAAGUUGUUCUGCUUUCAUGUUUUUCACAUAUUUUCAGAAUAUUCAGAGAUAAUAUUUUCCAUUCAUAGUACUGUGCCAUAGUACUAGCUGCCUUGACAGUCCAUUUAGGGCUGAUAAAUGGGAUAAAACACCUCAAUAAAACAAGGGCAUUCAUAUAGCUAUAGUUUGUCAAUGCAUAGUAUAUUGACAACACAAGAUGCAAUCUUUUAACACUUGUUGUAAAUAACACUAAAAGAGUGUGCUUACUUUAAACAUUUCAGGCAUAUGUGGAAAUGUAGUAGAAUUUACACUCAGGUUUUUAAGUUACUUUGUUCUUCUGUAUCCUUAACAUGCACAAUAAAUAGCAUGAGAGAGGCUUCUAGUGUUUAUAUGAAAAAUGAUUAUUAAAGUUUGAUUUGUACCUCUGUGGGAACUUUAGAGAAUUGUGUGGACCUUCAAGCUACUCUUGCUCUCUAAGAUUGGAUAGUUUCUCCGCCCUCUGGUGGCAUUAUAGUACCUUUAUAGAGUCUGCUGUUGUUGUUGUUGUUGUCGUCAUAGUUUACUGUGAUGUAUAUAAGAGCAAUUAUUAUACUCUGGUUUCUGGUACAACAUGGUAUAGUUGCUACUGUGCCAUAACAAAUCCUAGUCUCCUAUGCAUCCCCAUUUUUCCUUUCCUUUACCCAUCUUGCUGACAAGAAUGAGUUUAGUCACGUGAGCCACAGAACUUGCUUUGUCUUAAUAAUGCAGGAACACUGCAGCAGUGUACAUCUUGCUAUAGCAGUAUUCACUGUGAUGAGGAUUGAAGGUGCCAUUCUUACCAUUAUGCCUAUCACUUCUUGGACCUUGCGUAAUAUAGUGUUGUCUUGCAAUGCAUGCUGAUUUAAGUUUUACAAAUUCAUACAAGGCUUCGCUUUCCAAGAAUGUUGGAAUAAAAACAGUGUAGAGUGCCUUUCCAUUGCAUGGUGGAGAAUAGAACCAGGCUUCUCAAAUCACUCCCAUUAUUCCUUACCUUGGCAAAAGUAUGCUUCUUGACAUAACCCACAUGAUUUUUUAAACUUUGUUGGUAGGUAAUUAGAUUUUUAUAUUUAUGCAUAUUUUGAAUUUUUGUAUUUCUCAGUGAUUUUUCUACUUUCAUAUUUCAGCAGUAUGUUGACCUGUGGGUAAUUUGAUAAACAAAUGCAAUGAGUAGCAUGUUGACUCUUCAAGAGUUAUUUCCUAUAUAAAUAAUUUUAAUCUAAUGUUUUAUUUAAAAGCGGCACAUAGGUUUUUAAAAAUACAGAAAAAAUACAUGUACUUUCCCGUAGGAAUGAUCAUGGAAAUGUCUGCUAUAUAUAAAUUAUCCUAUAUGAUAGGUAUUGAAACAUAAUAAAAGCUUUGGAUGUGUGUGUAUAAAUUAUUUUUUAACCUACUGGUAAAUUCUGUUCUUGUAAUCCAUGUACAAAUUCUAAAUAACACCCAUCUAUGAUUUGGAACAAAUUCUAAUUUCAGUUUAUUACAUAUGACUAACCAUGUCAUUUGUUCAUACCUCCCAUUCUCCAUGCUGUGUUCUGCUCUUGGCUUAUCAAUGAUCCCUGAGACAGUUACUUUAAGGAUCUGUGAAUGUUAGUUUGACAAGAAAUAGGUGCUUUUUCAACAUCAGCCCCAUCUUUUACAAAGUUCCUGUUCAUUGAAGGUUCCUGCUUUUAUUGUCACUCUUACUGGACAAACGUUUCCAAGCAGUUGAAUCUUGGGCCUCUUAAAAACCAGUCUUUAAUUUUAUCCAUCCACAAUUGUGUUGCUUUGAUUUGCUAUCAUUCUUGUUCUGUAUCUCCUUGAGAGCAGGUAAUGAUUGUUCUAUUGAUAGAACUUAUCUGACCCAAAGAGAUAGGGAAAUCAGCACACAGAGCCAAUGGGUUAGGUUCCUUUCCUCAUCUGCCAGCAUUCUCAAGAUAUGAAUAUUUUUAGCCUUCCUUUCCCUAAAUCCCAGUUUCUUCAAUUUUCAUUCUAAAGAGCAACAAUUUUUUUAUCAUCACGUGAGAUACAGAUUUAUUCUCAGCGAUUUCUUUUUCACAGACUUGGGUCCUGGCCUCUGAUUUCUCCAUCCGUUGCUCCACAUUCACCAUGCGCCUGUCUAGUUUUCCAACUUUUGAUGAGAGGUUCUCUACCUUGCAUUCCAGUGAGGACAAUGUGUCUUGCAUUGCCCUGAAUUUACAUGAAGUGACCAUCAGCUUAAGGGGGGAUCUACUGUGCUGCACUGUGGAGAAGCCCAUCGAACUCAUGAAGAUAGACAAGAUGAUGACCUCUCAUGCCAGGGCGGAAGAGCAAAUGGACUAAAGACAUUGUUCUUGUUUGGGGCAUAAUUUGCUCUAAUUUGCAGUUGCAGAUAUGUUGGGUAACUUGAAUGAGCCCAUCAAUACAACAAUGCUAAACUGUCAAGAUAGUAGCCUAUUCAUGUUCUGUCUCUCACAUCUUUCAUCCUCUACAUUCUUUGCCCUGUAAAGACUACAUCAUAAUUCAUUUCAAACUCAGAUUGUGGCACAAUUCAGCAGUAAUGAAGAAUGCACCAGUUUGGAGAAAUAACUCUUAAUGUUCAAUGUAGUAGACUGCAGAAACGAAAGCCAAAUCCAAGUUACUUACCUCUUCUUUCAAAGUAAGCAUUAGUGUAUUAGGGUAGGUCUCUAGCUGUACUUUGUGAUCUCUGUGUACAACAGAGACUUAGCAUGUUCUUGUACACUGUAACUCAUUCCCGUAUGUUUUGCUCAUAGUUAGUACGUGGUUAGUUUGUUAGGGGCACUUCUUUAACAUAAAUUUGCCUGGCUCGGACUUAAAAGCUUGUUUCUUGUUUGGUAAUCUCAAAUGGCCAUAUAUUUUGGACAAAUAAUGAGCAAAAGAAAUUCUAGACGUAGAGGGAGGUUGUUGACCAUCAAAUGAGAGGAGCUUGUAGGGUUUUUUCUGUUUAAAUAGUGUGCUUGAAUGAACUACAUAUUGCAUAUGUUAUUCCCAUUUUCUUUUUAUUUGUACUGCUUUAAUAACAGGUAACUAUUUUCAGACAAGGAAUAGUCAUUGCAUUGAAUUUAAGUAUCUCUGUAAAUAUGCUUAAAGGAUUAGACAAGAUGGGUAGGAGAAAAUCUUAUUUUAUAGCAAAGUUAAAAGGAGAUUUCAUAGAUGAAGUGUAACUUCGGUCAUAAAAUCUUCCAUAUUUGCUAUGUUUAAAUCCAAACUUUAACAAGUUCACAUAGCUGCUUUUCCCUUUGUAACUGUGGUAGCACUUUUCCAAUUCCCCACAGAAUAAAUUUGUGGGAAAUGAGUUCUUUGAAAAGUGCAGUAGGUGUUCAUGUGUGCAUGGCUCUCUUUCUACCAUGAAAAAAAGCUGCCACUCUGCAGGGUUGGUUGAGGAGCCAAGCAUAAGUUGUAUGCUUUCACAAGGGCCUUUCUACUUGGAUUUCACCAAGAUCAGCAUGCAAAGGAGAAACAUUUAGAUAGAACCCUCAUAAGUAAUAACAGCAAGGCGUUGCUGAGGGACAUUUUUGCUUUAGAAAAUCUUCUCAUAAGAUUUUCACAAUUGUAGCUCAUGAAACCAAUUUGUAGACCAAAAACCAAAGACUUCCAUUUUGGGCUCUACAUUCCAAUCUUCUUUCUGUUUGGGUCGUUAGCUUACACCUUUGUGUGGGAUAUUGGGGGGGGGCCCUACUGUGAAUUUAUGAGAAGUGAAACUUGAAUUGUUACUAUUUUUAGUUAUCACUCUGGAAUGCAGACAUAAAAUCUUUAGAUUGCUAGAUAAUAACAAUUGGAAAUCUAUUUUAAUAAAUUAUCAAAUCCAUAUUAGGGCAAUACUUUUAUUUGGCUGACGAAAGUCUCACAAAAUAGCAUGAAAGCUUUUGAGUACUUCAGAACUCUUUAUUAGGCUGGAUGAUAAACUCCACAUUUUGGGUUUGGGGUGGGGGAAGCAAGAGAAGGAAAAACAAAUGAGUUGAUGUUGAAGGCAUGUUGCCUGCAUACGAUCAGUCUCAAGAUGAAAUUGGGAAGGAGACAGCAGACAUUCAAAUAAAACUGUUUGUGUGCUAUGCAGUAUCAGGUUUCUCAAAGGCCUCCCGAGAACAAGAAGGUUUAAUAAUGGCUAGUCCCCCAUUUGGAACCACAACAACUGGCGGUUACCCAAGUUUGUUUCCAUCCAUAUGUUCCUUACCAGGUAGAAAACAGAAAUGGAAAGAAACUAGGCAGCCUAUAUGUUGGCAACACAGUUGCACCCUUCCCACCUUAGUGCUUAGUCUACCAUAUAGUCUGUUGAAGAGUUAUGGAAAACUCAAAAGCUUAAACACAAUUUUGUGGUAUUUUGGUAAUAAAGGUAAUUCCUUAAUAUGCAUUGUGGUUAUUAAUUUUUGUAGGCCAACACUGCUACCCUUACUUUAAUAAAAUAACUUUAAAUAUUGUAUUAACUUCUUAUGAAAGUAAUUUGUUUUUAACCAUUAACUACAAUAUAGCUAAAAUAUUUCUCAAGCAGGAGCAAGUGAACUGGACUCACCAGAUGAAGAUAAUCCAGAGUCUACGCAAGUGAAUGGAAUUGACUUGGAAAUCUCUGUGCCAUCAAUGGCUGAAAUUGCAUCUUGCAGUUAUGAAGCCAGGUAAGAGGAAACUAUUUCCUGUUAGUGAGUUGUGAAUUGCAGCUUUUCCUCUCAUUUUCCUAUGUAGAUGUCCACGUCACAUGUUCAGGACAAGAGAAGAAAGAGGAUGAGAGAACAGCUCUCAUGCUACAGCUCUUCAAAGAGAGCAUAUGUAUCCUCAUUCCCUCGCUAAAAUGCCCUUCCCCAAGGCAGACAAUUAUUUUCCUGGGUUUUCAUUUUCAAGUUGCUCCCUAAAACAUACUUGUUCACUGUGAUUUAUCUCUGUGGAACCCGCCCUGCUUUUCAGUAACUCUGAAGUUAUACAUAUGGGGUUAGGCUCCAGCUAGUGCACCAGGUUAGUUGAAUAGCAGGGGUUUGUGCCUGUGCCUCACUUCUGUGUUGUCCCUGGAUGAUAGUUCGUCAAAUGGAAUGUCAUUGCCACCUAGCAUCCAAAGGUGGGGAAUGCACACAAAGUCUAGGAAGUAAGCAUUCCCUUGAAGACCUUAACUCCAAUUUAUUUCCUGUCUUCAGCCAAGGCAAUUUUCCUCAGUCUUAGUUUCUGUUUUUGUCCCUGAUCUCCAAAAAUACAUCUUAAUUGCCUGGCUGGAGAAUAGCGAGAGGAGUGUGUGUGUAUGUGUAAAGAAGCCUACUGUAAAAGAGGCAAAAUUUCCAUUUGUUGCACCACACUCUUCUGCUUCUAAAUUGUAUGGUGUAUUGUGCUGACCAGACCACUGUGAGAUUUGAUUCCAGGCUAGUUGCCAGAAGCAUUGUACAUUCCUUAUAUAAAGUCAAUGUGGAAAAAAGUCAAGUUCUAACUCGUGACAGUAAAUGGUCUGAUAUAUUGUUGUUAGGAUUUCACCACCAUUAUCAGCAAUUUCUUGGGCAUCUGGUCUCACAUUUACAUACAUUGACUUUUGUAAUGUAUCAGUAAUCUGCUUCUUUGAGGGCACUUUAUUAUCUCCAGGUGCAAGAACAGUGAAAAAUUCCAAAUCCGUAGUUGUUUUAACUUUAUAGACUGUUGACAUUAAACCAAUAUUAUGGUUGUUUUUAGGCAAGUUGGUAUAAAGAAUGGAAUGUUCUUUGGACAAGCAAGACGAUUGUGUCCAAAUCUUCAUGCUGUGCCCUAUGACUUUCAGGCAUACAAAGAAGUUGCACAAAGCAUGUAUGAAACCCUGGCAAGGUAAAACAAGUAUUGGGAAAUUAAUUAUUUUUCUUUUUGAUGUGGUUUCAGAUGCUCCUGCAGACAUUUCAUUAACAUGUCUUUCUGUUUUAAUUUAAGAGAAAUCUGUGAGUUUGCCUUUAGACUGUUGCUUGUAAUGCUACAUGCUUUGGAAACAAAACCUUCAAUGGGGGGGAUUCUUUAGAGGUUGCACACCAGAGUAUUUUUAAAAUAGGAUUUUCAAGAUCAGUUUGAUUCAGCAUUGGCUGACCAGGUAAAGAAUUCCCAGUGGAUUUGGAGAACCUAGUUCAUAUUUGAAUGUUAUAUUAAAAAAUAGUGUUUACCUGGAAUUCUAAGAGCUAAACUUAGACCUGGCUUGAUACCUCAUUUCUUAUUCAGUUGUUUGGCCCAUUCACCUUAAAAAUGUAAUGUUUGAAGCUACUUCACAUGCUAAAAACUGAGUGUGGGUGAGGUGAGGUGAACUUUCUCCCCUUCUCAUGAGGUGGAGAGAAGUUCAUAAUAUGUCAGGGUACCGGGAAGUUAAGGGUAGAUGGUUCAGUUCCCCACAUUUGCUUUCCCCUUUUGGGUAAAAAGAAGAACUCAUUUCCCCACUUGUUUAUCUGAGCAGAGGCAUCGUGUUUCCAUCUCAUCUAGACUGGUCCUAAUGCAUCAGAUUUUCUGUUGAUGUACCCUUUAAAUAUUACUUUGAGUUAAUGAAACGAUGGUGUCAAAUGCUUGGAAUAAGACUUGGAAUAAGACUACAGUAAAACUUCUCGAGCUCACACUGUACUAACAAGAAUUUAGUCCUAAGAAGGAAAGUAGUAUUACCUAUGAAUUUUCUAGUGCACAGUUAUAUAUUUAGGUUCCACAGAACUAGAAGAUAAGACAGUUGGGGAGAUUUUAUUUGUCCCGUGUUUGGUGAACUGUUGCUGUUGUUUCACUUUCUUUUACUUUGUGUUGAUAGCUAUACUCAUAACAUUGAAGCAGUCAGUUGUGAUGAAGCACUAGUUGACAUCACUGAAAUCAUUGCAGAAACCAGAUUGACAGCAGAAGAAUUAGCAAGUGUUAUCCGUUCUGAAAUAAAAGCCAAGACCAAGUGUCCUGCUUCCAUUGGAAUAGGUUAGUUCAUGAUUUAUACUAAAAAAAAAAAAAAUCUAAACAAUGUUAAGAUGGGUUUAAAUGUCAACUUAAUACAAAUGUGCAUUUAUUACAAAUGUUUGCCUGGGCUUUAGAUGAGGGUUAAUCCAGCUAUAUUGAUGUAUUAAGCUAAUCUACUGAUUUGUAAUGUAUUUUGUCCUUACUUUAUGAAUGUAAUUUUAUUGCUGGUUUUAUCUUGUUCAUCACCAUAAUAUUUUUCUUAAUAUUGACAUUAUAGAAACUUCUGCAGAUAAAAUAAUGACAUCAUUAAUGCACACCUUAAUAUACACACAUCCUUAUCACUUUUCACAUCCUACAUUGAAUGUAUGGAUGGAUACAGCAGAAUCAUUUCCCUGCUUCAGGCCUUCCAUGCUCUCAGCUUGACAUGCUUGUGGAUCCUGUACACUGGAUUCAGAACACUGGAAAACCAGACGGACACUUGGAUGUCACUAGUGGAGUUGGAGUACAGAAUUCCAUUCAUCCCUCCCCAUGCAACCACCUCCACAUUUUAGUGCAGUAUGCAUAAAUUCUUCAUAUUCUCCUGUAGCUGCUACUGACAUUCAUAAGAACAUAAGAAUCAUCUUGGAUUAGACCAAAUGCACUUGUAGUCCAGCAUCCUGCUCUCACAGUGGCCAAUCAGAUGCUUAUGGGAAGUCCGCAUAUGGGACCUGAGUGCCACAGCAAUCUCCCUACUUGUGAAUCCCAUCAACUGGUAUUCAGAGGCAUGCUGCCUCUGGCACUGGGGGUAGUAAUAGCUGUCAUGGCUAGUAUCCAUUUAUAGUAUUAUCCUCCAUGAAUUUGUCUAAACCUCUUUUAAAGCCGCCCAAGUACCACUACAUUAUGUGGUAGCAAAUUCUAUAGGCAAACCAUGUGCAGUGUGAAGAAAGGCUCUCAUUUACCAAAGGAAAUUGCAUAGCUAGUGUUUAUAGCAAAAAACAACAACAACAUCACAUGUGUCCUGGCUGGUGCUGUAACUGCCUUCCUGUGUUCACAAGUCUGAGGGCAUAAAUUUUGAGAUCCACCUUCCUCCUCCUCUUCUCCAGGAUGGUGAUAUACCAAAGUGUGAAUUAAUAUUUUUAAUAACAAUUUGGAAUUUAUUCAGCUACAUUCUAUUUGUCAUUUUUUUAGGUUCAAACAUUUUGCUGGCUAGAAUGGCAACGCGCCGAGCAAAGCCAGAUGGACAAUAUCACUUAAAGCCAGAAGAAGUGGAUGAUUUUAUCAGAAGCCAGCUUACUAGCUAUCUUCCAGGUAAAUUUAUGCUAGUAUAAUCACUCCCAGUUUUGUAUAAAGAGUCAUAGUUCUCUCAGCUCCCCUCCCAAGACUUUGCCCUGUGGAACACAACUCUGAAAGUGAUUAUCCCUUACUAAAUUGCUAUAAGCAUUUGAUUUAUGAUCAUGCUGGGUGAGAAAUGCAUACAACACUCUCCAAAGCUUGAGAGUGGCUGUGGCUUAAAACAUUUUCAUUUUGAGCUAUUUAUCUCUUAUAAAAUGUACAAGCAAGGCAAAAGAACACAUUUGUACCCUUUGAAUAUGUCAACAUUCAGGUGUUUUACAGUCUCUAGUGGUGUUUUUACUUAAAGCUCAGAAUUAUUUUAGAUCCUGUAAUAUGUGGUGUUUCUAGUUGCUUGCUGAAAUGUGAAUGCCAGAAUUUGGCAUCACUGUUGCUUGUUGUACUAAUAGUUUCUGGGCACUCAUAAAUAUUAAUACACGUUGGUUUUCUUAAGUGAAUUACAUUUCCCAGUUGUAGACUUCAAAAGUAAAAAUGUAUUUAUUUUUUCAGGAGUUGGUAGGACAAUGGAAUCCAAGUUGUCAUCUUUGGGUAUAAAAACUUGUGGAGAUCUGCAGUGUGUCACAAUGUCAAAGCUUCAGAAAGAAUUUGGCCCCAAAACAGGACAAAUGCUCUACAGAUUCUGCCGUGGUUUGGAUGAUAGGCCGGUUCAAAGAGAGAAAGAGAGAAAAUCUGUUUCAGCUGAGAUAAACUAUGGUAUAAGAUUUACCCAGGUAAAAAUAAUCAUAACUUUUGUGCAGUAAUAAGUCAGUAUCUUAAAAUAACUUGUCUGUAAUGUAGCUAUUUAGCUGCAUUUUUUCUAUGUUUAAUUCUUGUCCGUAGCUCAGUGGUAGAGCAUCUCCUUCACAUGCAGAAGGUCCCAGGUUCAAACCCCUGCUUCUUCAGCUAUAGUUAGAAGAGAUCCCUUUCUGAAAUCCUGCAGCCCCACUGCCAAUCACUGUUGAUAAUACUGAACUAAAUGGAGUGGUCUGAUAACCUCCCUGUGUUCCUAAUGCCGAAAUGUGUGACCUUUAGGCAGAUAGCAUAUUAUUUCACUUGACCAUAAGUAGUGUAUAACAGUGAUUUUCAAAUAAUGUUUGGGAUUUCUUGCAUGACCAUUAGAGAGUUCUUGUCAACAAUAGCUGAGUACACUCGCUGUAAUGCGUAGCUGUAGGAGAAAUGUUGGGUGUGUACUAAGGUGCACUCUUUGCUCAUGCAGGGCCCUGGGCGCAUCCGCCAAAUUUCACCCUCACUCUAUGUAAGGGUGUGUUGCUCUGUUUAAGUUAAGGGAGAAGGUAGGAAGUUUGAAAGCAUGUACAGUUGACCAAGUCAGCCAACUAAUAUGUUUUAUAAAAAAUGAAUGCAAAGGGUCAGUGCUCUUCCAUUCUGUCUAUGCAAGCAUUUCAGCCCGCCAGAUGAAAAUAUCUCCCCUCUCUUGGGUACUUUUCUGGGAAUUCUAGCAACACCUGCCCCAAGCCAAUUUUGGGGCAUGGGUGGAAAGCCCCAUUGCACAAGCAGAAGUCACCAAAUUGGUGACACCAAACUGGGAGGGGUGGCUAACACCUCAGAGGACAGGAUCACACUUCAAAACGACCUUGACAGAUUAGAGAAUUGGGCCAAAACAAACAAGAUGAAUUUUAACAGGGAGAAAUGUAAAGUAUUGCACUUGGGCAAAAAAAAUGAGAGGCACAAAUACAAGAUGGGUGACACCUGGCUUGAGAGCAGUCUUGGUUGACCACAAACUUGACAUGAGCCAACAGUGUGACGCGGCAGCUAAAAAAGCCAAUGCAAUUCUGGUCUGCAUCAAUAGGAGUAUAGCAUCUAGAUCAAGGGAAGUAAUAGUGCCACUGUAUUCUGCUCUGGUCAGACCUCACCUGGAGUACUGUGUCCAGUUCUGGGCACCACAGUUCAAGAAGGACACUGACAAACUGGAACGUGUCCAGAGGAGGGCAACCAAAAUGGUUAAAGGCCUGGAAACGAUGCCUUAUGAGGAACGGCUAAGGGAGCUGGGCAUGUUUAGCCUGGAGAAGAGGAGGUUAAGGGGUGAUAUGAUAGCCAUGUUCAAAUAUAUAAAAGGAUGUCACAUAGAGGAGGGAGAAAGGUUGUUUUCUGCUGCUCCAGAGAAGCGGACACAGAGCAAUGGAUCCAAACUACAAGAAAGAAGAUUCCACCUAAACAUUAGGAAGAACUUCCUGACAGUAAGAGCUGUUCGACAGUGGAAUUUGCUGCCAAGGAGUGUGGUGGAGUCUCCUUCUUUGGAGGUCUUUAAGCAGAGGCUUGACAACCAUAUGUCAGGAGUGCUUUGAUGGUGUUUCCUGCUUGGCAGGGGGUUGGACUCGAUGGCCCUUGUGGUCUCUUCCAACUCUAUGAUUCUAAGAUUCUAAGUCUGUUGGCGCAGCUUGUUUUGUGAAUCCUGCCUAUGGUUUAUAAAUAUUCUGGAUUAAUUCUGUCAGUACAACUUUCAGUAUUAGACUGUUCCCCCUUACUUUUUUACAACCCAUUUUAUCUAUUUCUAGCCAAAAGAAGCAGAAGCUUUCCUUUUGAGUCUUUCAGAAGAGAUCCAACGUAGAUUGGAAGCUGCUGGUAUGAAAGGCAAACGAUUAACUCUCAAAAUUAUGGCCAGAAAAGCUGGGGCCCCAAUAGAACCUGCAAAAUUUGGAGGCCAUGGAAUUUGUGACAGUAUUGCCAGGUAAACAAUUUUUCAAAUAAUUAUAGACCUAGUUCUGUAAAGUACUGGUAAUGUGAACUUGAACAUAAUCUUUCUUGGUGUUAUGUCCUAGACUUCUAAGCAGGUACUUUUUCUUUUUUAGUGCAUGAGAAUCUAAUACAUUUUACCUAUCUGUUUCUGAUUUGCUUCAGUGAAUGGCAUAACAGAUGAACAUUUUUGUGGGAUAUACAAGAUGCCUUGUAAAAAUUAAAUUGCUAGUUAAUUGUGGACAAUAAACUGACUAAAACAACCUACUCUGCUGAUCUUCUCUUUUGUCAUGUUCUACAGCCUUUCCAUGACAGGAGCCUAUAAAACAUUGUCAUCAUAGUAUAAGCAUUUAGGGGACGACUGUAGUUCCCUAUCCUGGUUACAAAUCUAAGCUUUAUGCAGUUUUCUUACUUCUAAAAAUGGUUCAAUGACUUACAUACUGGUUUUCCUUCAGUCAGCAAGUAUGGUACAUAGGGUUUAGGCUCUUUGGACUAAGGAACACAUUCUGAAUUUUCAGAGAAUGCUGAGCGCUCCAGUCAAAAAAGGCUGCCAUGGAGGCAUGACAUGACAUGACAAAAAUGGCUCCUGUGUAAGGGGGCAGGGCAUAACAUAAAAUUAGAGUAUAAUCAUUGCUAAUUUUCUGCCCAUAAUCUCGUGCUUAACAUGGGGACUUAACUGUGUCCUGCUGUUCCCAGUUGUGAAGAUAGUUUUUUAAUGGCACAAGAGCCCUAUUUUCCCCAGUGCCAAUCCUAAACCAAAGCAUAGGUUGCCAUCCUUUACCUACUUCUUGGGAGCAAGCCCCAUUAAACAUAAAGAGUCUUACUUCUGAAGUAGACAUGUAUAUUAGUACUACUGUAUGCUGUAAGUUAACUAUACAGUGAAUUCUUAAUAAAUUCCUGGACAUCAGCAGAAGGCAUGUCUAAGUCUCUUUGCAAACGUUUAACAAUAUAAAAACGUAAAACGAAACAAUAACAUCAUACAAAAUUAAAAACAAGUUAAAAGCAAAAAUAAAUUAAAAACAAGUGAAACACUGUUUGGAGAAGUAUUUACUCUUGCCUAUGUUGAAUCUCCUACCAUUGGAUGCUUUAGAGUUCUUUUUCUCUUCCACUCAUAAUAGUAAAACUCUAUAAUUGCACAGUCCACACCAUGCAUAAGUUUAUAAAACCUCUAUCAUAUCCCCCUUACCUUUGUUUCCCAUGGUUGAUAGAUCAUUAGCAACUAGUAUUUGCAGGCAUGCUGAUUCUGGAGUAGUGUAUAGCUAUUGCAAGUAGUAGCCAUUGAUCAGGAACUUAAUGCAUUUUAAAAUGUGUGUUCUUUGUAGGACUGUGACUCUCGACCAUGCAACAAAUAGUGCCAAAGUGAUUGGUAAAGAAAUGUUGAACAUGUUUCACACGAUGAAGUUGAAUAUUUCUGAUAUGAGAGGGGUAAGUGUUAAAUCACUGAAAUUGCCAAGCUCCUACACACACACACACACACACACACACACACACACUCUCUCUCUCUUCUGCAAAAGUAUUUACUAUUAUUUAAGCUCAAUUUUCCCCUUCAUGGAUCACUGCCUUGCCGUGGCGAAGGGGCUUGAAUAACUCAGAGAAGCUAUGAGCUAUGCUGUGCAGGGCCACCCAAGAUGGACAGGUCAUAGUGGAGAGUUUUGACCAAACGUGAUCCACCUGGAGCAGGAACCGGCAAGCCACUCCAGUAUCCCUGCCAAGAAAACUCCAUGGACAAAGACAACAGGCAUAUAAAAGUUAUGAUGCUGGAAGAUGAGCCCCUCAGGUUGGAAGGCAUCCAACUUGCUACUGAGGAAGAGCGGAGGACAAGUACCAGUAGAUUCAGAGCUGAUGAAGCGGCUGGGCCAAAGCCGAAAGGACGCUCAGUUGCGGAUAUGCCUGGAAGCGAAAGGAAAGUCCAAUGCUGGAAAGAAAAAUAUUGCAUAGGAACCUGGAAUGUAAGAACCAUGAACCUGGGUAAGUUGGAUGUGGUCAAAAAUGAGAUGGCAAGAAUAAAUAUUGACAUCCUGGGCAUCAGUUAACUAAAAUGGACGGGAAUGGGCGAAUUCAGUUCGGAUGACCAUCACAUCUACUACUGUGGGCAAGAAUCCCGUAAAAGAAAUGGAGUGGCCAUCAUAGUCAACAAAAGAGUGGCAAAAGCUGUACUGGGAUGCAGUCUCAAAAAUGAUAGAAUGAUCUCGAUACGAAUCCAAAGCAGACCUUUUAACAUCACAGUAAUCCAAGUUUAUGCACCAACCACUGGUGCUGAAGAAACUGAAAUUGACCAAUUCUAUGAAGACUUACAACACCUUAUAGAAAUGACACCAAAGAAGGAUGUUCUUCUCAUUAUAGGGGAUUGGAAUGCUAAAGUAGGGAGUCAAGAGAUAAAAGGAACAACUGGCAAGUUUGGCCUUGGAGUUCAAAACGAAGCAGGGCAAAGGCUAAUAGAGUUCUGCCAAGAGAACAAACUGGUCAUCACAAACACGCUUUUCCAACAACACAAGAGACGACUCUACACAUGGACAUCACCAGAUGGGCAGCAUCGAAAUCAGAUUGAUUAUAUUCUCUGCAGCCAAAGAUGGAGAAGCUCUAUACAGUCAGCAAAAACAAGACCUGGAGCUGACUGUGGCUCAGAUCAUCAGCUUCUUAUAGCAAAAUUCAAGCUUAAAUUGAAGAAGGUAGGAAAAACCACUGGGCCGGUAAGAUACAAUCUAAGUCAAAUCCCUUAUGAAUACACAGUGGAAGUGAGGAACAGGUUUAAGGAUUUAGAUUUGGUGGACAGAGUGCCUGAAGAACUAUGGAUGGAGGCUCGUAACAUUAUACAAGAGGCAGCAACUAAAACCAUCCCAAUGAAAAGGAAAUGAAAGAAAGCAAAGUGGCUGUCCAACGAGGCCUUAGAAAUAGCGGGGGAGAGAAGGCAAGCAAAAUGCGAGGGAGAUAGUGAAAGAUACAGGAAAUUGAAUGCAGAUUUCCAAAAAAUAGCAAGGAGAGACAAGAAGGCCUUCUUAAACGAGCAAUGCAAAGAAAUAGAGGAAAACAAUAGAAUGGGAAAAACCAGAGAUCUGUUCAAGAAAAUUGGAGAUAUGAAAGGAACAUUUCGUACAAAGAUUUCCAUAAUAAAAGACAAAAGUGGAAAGGACCUAACAGAAGCAGAAGACAUCAAGAAGAGGUGGCAAGAAUACACAGAGGAACUAUACCAGAAAGAACUGGAUGUCUCGUACACCCCAGGUAGUGUGGUUGCUGACCUUGAGCCAGACAUCCUGGAGAGUGAAGUCAAAUGGGCCUUAGAAAGCAUUGCUAAUAACAAGGCCAGUGGAAGUGAUGAUAUUCCAGCUGAACUAUUUAAAAUUUUAAAAGAUGAUGCUGUUAAGGUGCUACACUCAAUAUGACAGCAAAUUUGGAAAACUCAGCAGUGGCCAGAGGAUUGGAGAAGAUCAGUCUACAUCCCAAUCCCAAAGAAGGGAAGUGCCAAAGAAUGCUCCAACUACCGCACAAUUGCACUCAUUUCACACGCUAGCAAGGUUUUGCUUAAGCAGUAUGUGGACCGAGAACUCCCAGAAGUGCAAGCUGGAUUUAGAAGAGGCAGAGGAACCAGAGACCAAAUUGCAAACUUGCGCUGGAUUAUGGAGAAAGCUAGAGAGUUCCAGAAAGACAUCUACUUCUGCUUCAUUGACUAUGCAGAAGCCUUUGACUGUGUCGACCACAGCAAACUAUGGCAAGUUCUUAAAGAAAUGGGAGUGCCUGAUCACCUCAUCUGUCUCCUGAGAAAUCUCUAUGUGGGACAAGAAGCUACAGUUAGAACUGGAUAUGGAACAACUGAUUGGUUCAAAAUUGGGAAAGGAGUACGGCAAGGCUGUAUAUUGUCCCCCUGCUUAUUUAAUUUAUAUGCAGAAUUCAUCAUGCGAAAGGCUGGGCUGGAUGAUUCCCAAGCCGGAAUUAAGAUCGCCGGAAGAAACAUCAACAACCUCAGAUAUGCAGAUGACACAACCUUGAUGGCAGAAAGUGAGGAGGAAUUAAAGAACCUUUUAAUGAGGGUGAAAGAGGUGAGCGCAAAAUAUGGUCUGAAGCUCAACAUCAAAAAAACGAAGAUCAUGGCCACUGGUCCCAUCACCUCCUGGCAAAUAGAAGGGGAAGAAAUGGAGGCAGUGAGAGAUUUUACUUUCUUGGGCUCCAUGAUCACUGCAGAUGGUGACAGCAGUCACGAAAUUAAAAGACACCUGCUUCUUGGGAGAAAAGCAAUGACAAACCUAGACAGCAUCUUAAAAAGCAGAGACAUCACCUUGCCAACAAAGGUCCGCAUAGUUAAAGCCAUGGUUUUCCCAGUAGUGAUGUAUGGAAGUGAGAGCUUGGACCGUAAAGAAGGCUGAUCGCCGAAGAAUUGAUGCUUUCGAAUUAUGGUGCUGGAGGAGACUCUUGAGAGUCCCAUGGACUGCAAGAAGAUCAAACAUAUCCAUUCUUAAGGAAAUCAGCCCUGAGUGCUCACUGGAACGACAGAUCGUGAAGCUGAGGCUCCAAUACUUUGGCCACCUCAUGAGAAGAGAAGACUCUCUGGAAAAGACCCUGAUGCUGGGAAAGAUGGAGGGCACAAGGAGAAGGGGACGACAGAGGACGAGAUGGUUGGACAGUGUUCUCGAAGCUACAAACAUGAGUCUGACCAAACUGCAGGAGGCAGUGGAAGACAGGAGUGCCUGGCAUGCUCUGGUCCAUGGGGUCACGAAGAGUCGGACACGACUAAACAACAACAACAAAGCUCAAUUUUUCCAUUAAGGUUACAGUAUAAGCAGGGUGAUAAAAUUACAAAUCAACGUCAUUGAAAACAGAUCAGGUUAGUACUUUGGUUUGAAUUAAAAUGUCACUUGAAGUGUUUGAGAGACUGGACAGUGACAGUCCAAAUAUUUUUAUUUAAAUGGAGAUAUCAACUCUUGAGUAAUAUCACAAAGACUUCUUGAAAAUAACCUGUUUUGAAAGGCCAGUAUCUCCAUUUUUAGACUUCGUUGAGCUUAUUAUACUUAUGUUUGGUUCUUCUUGGUCACCAUAAACAGAAAGCUAUCGUGUAUACUGCUUACUUAUUAUAUUAUAAGAAUUUAAAUACUCUCCUAUAAGUAAUGUUUAAAAUAUUAGCUACAUAAUUUGUUGAAAAUGGUUUCUCUUUAGAAACAAUGUGCUCUUUUGUUGCUUUUUAGGUUGGAAUUCAAGUACAUCAGUUAGUUCCAGCUAAUAAAACAACUUCAGCUGUACAUUCUGGAUUUUUACCUGGUGGAGCUAAUUCCAUCAUUGAUCUUCUGCAAGUACCAAAAGGAAUAAAAAACUCAGAACAGCAGCACAAGGAAGGUCAGUAAAUGGAAAUUGUGCUUCCUUUCUCACGGCUUCUUAUUGACUGUUUUACACAUUUUUGUUUGUAAACAUUUUUCUUAUUGAUAACUUCUUUGUAUUUCAUUAAUAACUUGUAAUUUUGCAAUAAUAGAAAGUAAAACAGAGUAGUCAGGCUCCUUUAAUUGUAUGUGCUAAGUAUUUCUAAACAGUUAAACUUUUGUCUUUUUUCUGCAUUCAUAGUAUUUGUGGCUGCUGUGGAUGUUGAAAUAUCUUCCACAUCAAAAGCAUGUACAAUUCCAGCGUCUCUGACAUCUAAUGCCAAUCGUGUUGCCAACAAAUCUGAGCCUGUAGUCAGUCUGAAUGGUUUGCACACACCUAUCAGUAUAAAAUCAAGACUUAAUUUAAGUAUUGAGGUACCAUCACCUUCCCAGGUAAAAUUUUCUUUCUGGUAAGAACAAUGUAAAGAAAGGUCUGAAGUUUUUCUUGCUCUUUCUUAAUACAAAACAAAUAAUGGAUAUGAUCCAUAUUUUUAUUCUGUUCCCACCCAGUGUGUGAUACUUUCCAUGAGUCUUUGGAAUGCCUCAAGCAAUAGAUGUGAACACAUUACUACAUUUAAAGUGCAGUCCCAUACAUGUCUACUUGGAAGUAAACAUUUUUAAAGGUUAAUGGGAUUUACUGCCAUGCGAAAGAAUAUAGAAUUGUACCCAUUAGCAUUUCUGUUGGGCAGAAUGGUUUUGAACUAGAGUUAAUAUUCCAUUUUUAAGGGGGAAUCUAGUGGCUGAGUUUUGCUUCAUACUUGAUGGUAAUCUGAUCAAAACACGGCUCUGUUUGGGGAAAACUAUGGGAUCAUAGGAGCUUUGAUGCAUACUGGGUGGCACUGACAGAGCUCAACCUUUUGGAGAGAAUGAUCAGACAUGACCUAUAUUGAGAGAACCUUAGAAUUUUAUUUUGGGCUGUUUUUCACAGAUUAUUAGAAAGAAAGGUUGUACAGUACCUCCUUCAUACUGCAAAAUGUGUAUUGCUAAGGUAUGGGAACAGUUAGUUUUCCCCAGUGUAGUUUCCCCAAUGUAGUUGAAAUCUGUAGGGAAGAUUAUGAGAUAUUAAACUUGUGGAGAAGCUAUAUUUUUCUUCAGACAAUACCGUAAUAAUUUCGUAAUCAUUAUCCUUUGGAUUAAAUCUGGCCCAGUUUGGACAAUCAUAGCUUAAUAAGCUGGGAUAUAAAAGAUACGCUUGUUCACACAUGCAGCGCCUUUGUUUCUCCCUUUGCAGCUUUCCUGAAUGCAGUUAGUCACUAAUUAGCCACGGGUUCCUGUUUUGUCUGAACCAGGCUAUCAUAGCUAUUGGCUUUGAAAAAGUCAGGAUCCUAAAACAUGGUUUAAGUUGGUUUAGGAUCCUGAUUUGGGAAACUAUGGUCAACACUUUCUGGCUUAAUUGCAGCUUGUGCAAACGGAGGAAUGAAGGAGCUAUGUCUAAAUUGGUUAAUUUAACUUUUUGUUAGAUAUAUUGUAUGGAAAAUAUAUUGUAACAAUGAUAAAAUAUUAAUUUAAAAGUACAGUAUAUAAAAUCCUGCAAGAGAACAUAUGCAAAACACAUGUUCUUGGAUGGAUAAGUUGUUUGCAGUUGUUAAUGGCUUCUGUAUGGGUUUUUGCUGUGCAGAUAGCUUUUUGGUCACUAGCAUAUGAGAGAGCUGUCCCUUUAAGCUGUCCCUGCGUCUUGGCUGUAUCAGCACAACAGUGCAUAGAAUGUGGUAUAGCUACACCUAGGCAUUGAUUGUAGGAACAAUAUGCUAGUGUAGAAUGCUCCAUGGGAAGUGAUCCAUAAAUGAAAUAUGCAUCCCAUGUUGAAAAACAAGCCCCCUUGGGAGAGGCUGGCCCCCCUCGCAGGUUCCCGGAGCUUGUUUACCGGUGAUCUGCCCUGGCUGCAAUCCCCCGCAGUCCAGGAGAUCUAGAUAGGCGACAUUUCCCAGCAUGGAAAAUGUACACCCUGUUGCUCUCAUAUCGUAACAUCCCAUACAAACUCUUUCAUUAAUUUUGAUUAGAACACAAAUAACUAGUACAGGGGAAGAAACAGCUUCUUCAGUUAUGCCUUUUGUAUCUGUGCAAUUAAGCAAGCACAAAAUAAUACAAUGGUACCUCUACUUGCGUUCACCUCUGGUUACGUAUCCUUCGGGAUACGUACGUAGCAAACCUGGAAGUAUUUUUCCGGGUUUCGCCCUGCGUGCAUGUGCAGAAGCAGCCCCUCCAGUUGAGAAUUCCUCGGGAUGCGACCGGAGCUCUGAAACGGAUCCCGUUCACAACCAGAGGUACCACUGUACAUAAUCUCCCUCUCCUCCUUGCAGAUGUGUGUGUUUAAAAGUCAUUUCUUCUGAAACUGAAAGAUGAAUGUUGUUUUUGUUCAUAGCUGGAUCAGUCUGUUUUGGAAGCACUCCCACCUGAUCUUCGAGAUCAAAUAGAGCAAAUGUAUUCUCUUCAGCAAGCAGAGACGUGCGAUAGUAGCAAGAAGGAGCCUGUGAAUGGAUACAAUACUAGUUUUCCUCCACAGCCUGUUGGGGCAGUUCUCUUACAAAUACCAGAUGUCAAAGAACCAAGCAAUGAUACCGGAAUAAAUGUAAUAGCACUGCCAGCAUUUUCACAGGUGAAUGACAGUAUGUGUUUGAUAACACACUAGUAGACCUUUGCAUUUAGUAAUAAAGUAUUUGCUCAGGGAUUAUAGAUUUCUAGUUUCCCUGCUCUGAAGAAAUUUGUACUGUCUAAAGUUACAAACAGCACAGUGCUUUUUAUAAUUUAGACUGAUGUUUUAUUAUAAACAUUGAGUAUUACAGUGGUACCUCGUGUUACGUAGCGUCCCCCUUACGAAUGCUGCAGGUUACACGCUCCACUAACCCGGAAGUAGAUGCCCUUUGUUGCGACCUUUGCCCCAGGAUGCAAGCGGAAGUCGCGCUCUGGUGGCGCUGCAGCAGCGGGAGGUGCCAUUAGUGAAAGUGCGCCUCAUGUUACGAGAGGUUUCCUGUUACGUGCGGACCUCCAGAACAGAUUAAGUACGUAACAAGAGGUACCACGGUAAUCCAUUUCAUAAAUGAGACAAAAGUCAGAAAUGUAAACAUCAAUGUUAUACACCAUUGGUAUGACCACAGAUGGAUGUUUCCUUGCUUAGGUGGACCCUGAAGUUUUUGCUGCACUACCAUCAGAGUUGCAGGAAGAGCUGAGACAGGCAUAUGAUCAAAGACAGAAACCUAUAGGGGCAGUUUUCCAGCAAAGUACCACUGGUAAGUCUGUAGUAGAACUUUGUCAAAUAAUGUUCACUGUAAUGGAAAUAACUGAGUGAGGACCAUCUCUUUAGUCAUUAUGUGCUCAAUAACUCUCACUCCUUUUAUUCCCAUUAGCAAAGAAUCCUUUGCCGAACUUGAAGCCUGUUACGAAAAACAAGAAAAGAAGUAGGAAAAAAAACCAGGUCAGCCCAGUAAAAAAGAACCACAGUCCUUUAAAAAACAAGCUCUUUGGGAGUCCUGCAAAAAGUAUGGCAAGUUCUGUUGGGAGCCCACAAAAAUUAAUAGAUGACUUCUUGAAGCAGGAAGGAGGAAUCACUGACAACUCUCAGGUAACUUUAUCACAAAUAAAUACAGCAUUCAAAUAUUUUUAAGCUAAUGUUUUAUUGUUUGCUUGUAUUGUCAUGAGGUUUUUAGUGCUUGAGCUGCUUUUUUAAGGUUUGGAGUUGGGAAUACAGAAGAAAAAAAUCCACAUGUGCAGUACUACUUGUGUAUUUUGUUCAUAAACAGGUGGAAUUGGCACAAACCACAGCAAAUACUUCCACCCCAUCCGUUUCACAGCCACUAUUGUAUGGCGCUACUAAGGCCCCUAAUCUAGCUGGAGCUGUUGAAUUCAAUGAUGUAAAAGCCUUACUCAAAGAAUGGAUUACAACCAUAGCAGGUAAGCUUGUAGUUAUUUCAUUGAAUUGUGUUUUUAUGGAAAUAUUUCCAAUGAAAGAAAUAGAAUUAUCAUUUAAAAGUCUGAACUGGAAGGCUUUGUCUCUCUACUGGAUACCACUAAUUGCCAUUUGACAGACAUCACUGCGUAUUAGGGACCCCUAUUUCUUUCCUUUCAAAUACAGUGAUACCUCGGUUUUUGAAUGUCUCCAUUGACAAACAUUUCAGUUUUUGAACACUGUAAACCUGGAAGUAAAUGCUUCGGUUUUUGAACACGCACGCCUUGGAAGUCAAACAUGCCACGCGGCUUCCUUAUUGUUUUCCGUAUUGAGUUUUCGGUUUUCGAACAUUUCAGAACUCAAACGGUCUUCUGGAACGGAUUACGUUCGAAAACCAAGGUACCACUGUAUAAUUUUAUUUCCAUCAUCUUACUGGGGAAAAGUAAGUAAUACUUUAGCAGUAAUAAGCAUGUGCAGCCUUAUUCUCUUUGUUGCUUGGCAAAAGAUGGGCUCUCACGUAACUCUUCUGUAGUGUUCCAAGGGCAUUCACAUUUCUGAAAGCAUCAUUUGGGCCAUGGUAUCUCCUAAAACAUUGGUUUCAAAUUGCAUAAUGAUCAGAUAUUACAGACUUGAGAUGGUUACUAUUUGUAGGAAGCAGUGGCUCCGCAAGUGUCUGAUAAAUCCUACAAUCAUCAACAGCUCAAGAUUAAUAAUAGGUAAAAAUUUCCAUAUUGAUCUGUGGAUAAAGAUAGUUUGUCAGGAGUACAGGUGCAGUCUUAAUGCCGUGUUCACACCAAAAGCCAGACAGUUCAUGAUCUAAAGAUGAGUUUGCCUGAGGAUUGAAGGAGGUUUCACUGAACAACCUUCUCCAAGAAGGGAAAGGUAGAGAUAGAACUUUACUUGGCUAGGGAAUCUUCAUACAAGGAGGGCUUUAGUUGCCACAGCAGCAGCCUCCAAAUAAUAGCAGAUUAUAAAUGUGUGCGUCACACUACCCUUCCUGACUGAAAGCACAUUUAUUCCUGACCACAUCUACUCAAAGGCAAGUCCUGUUGAAUUAAUCGGUGCUUACUCCUAGGUAUGUGGGGUUAGGAUUGUAUUUAAUAGCCCUAUAUGAACACACUAGACCCCAUGCAUUGACUAAAGGAAAAGGAACUACCAGUUGUUAUUCAGAUGAGCUCCAGGGAGGGGAAGAUCAUCCUGGCCUGAACUGGAUGGCAUCCCUCAAAUAGCUCACUUUGUCCUAGCUGGAAAAUUGACCUCCCUUUUCUUACUUUUUACCUCCACUUCCCUUACUUUGUGGGUCUUUUGUAGUAUGUAAGGCUAGUGGCAGGACCUGUGUAUGUCUCUCUUAUUAUUGUGAGCCACAGUACCACAAGCAGGGUAAAAAUGCAUUAAAUUUUUGUCCAUUUCAUUUCACAGAUCCCAUGGAGGAAGACAUCCUACAAGUUGUGAAGUACUGUACUGAUUUGAUAGAAGAAAAGGAUUUAGAAAAGUUGGAUCUGGUCAUCAAAUAUAUGAAAAGGUAGCUUAAUUUUGGGUCUUACCAAUUCACAUUUUGUUAUAGAACUUUCUUUAUCCAUCUAAAAAGGCAAUUAUGAAAGCUUGAUGGGUGGGGGAAGUGUUAAUUCUCAUUCUACUCAUUCUGUUCAUUUUCCCAACUAAAGGUCUUUCCAUGCGCUUAUUGGGUUUUUUGUUGCAAGGAAUUUGGGCAUUUGUUCUCAUUGUAGCAUUUGUUUGUGGCUAUUGAGUUUUCCAGUGUCACGCUGCCAUGGUAGAUAUGUUCAUCAGAACAUCAGCAAUGCCAUGUCCUUUGUGAACUUUUUGCCUUAAGUUUGAGUUGUAAACAGACAAAUACUUCUGACACUCACUAAAAAUGCCAUUGAAACUAGUUCUUCUCCCCUCCUCCCCAGCAUUUUGAAAGCAGCCAUGGACACCCAAGCACCUUCCUCUUCUGUAGCAAAGGGAGGUUCAGAGGGUUCCCAGUUGGCAGCAGCUGAGUUGGGGCACUGCUGCACUGCAGUGGCAAAGGAAGUGCACUCAUACGUUCUUGUAUAGGCUUGCCAUUUAGUGCUUCUUUCUACAGCAAGAGAGAUUUCCAUCUGCCAACCCAUCAUGGCUGAUUCCCAUUGGGACUGGGAAGGUAGGGACCCCAACAGUAGGUGGAUCUAGAAUCAUUGACAGGCAGAACUAUAGCCAACGACAGGUGGAGGCAGGUAAUGUUUGUCCCCAUAGCUCUUGCCCUGCAUGGGCAACACUGAGACUGAGGAGGAAGCCAAUAGGCAGUGCUGCCCUAUGGACUAGUAAGAAAGAAGGCAAGCAGGUGGGGGGUGGCUGAGGGCAGACUGAGGUUGGCUGGGCCAUUCCCCAGUAGCCCUAAUGAACCACCCUCCACUGUUGCCAACCAUUCAAAACAAACAAACAAACAUAGUCAGUGAAAGAAGUUGAACCCCUCAUGCAAAGCCCUACCAAAUAAGAAGUGGGUGCCUUUGUGUUCCUUCUGUUUGUUUUUUAAAAUUUAUACUAUUCCCCUCCCUUUGGGGACAAUAAGACAGAAAUGAACUCCAAGGCUAGUAUAGUUCACUCUCUGGGAGGCUUUUCGGGGUGCCUGUGUUGGGACUAGGAAGACAUUGGGUCCUUCGGAUUCAAGCUUUCUCCUGGCACAUCCCUUUCCACUGUAGUGAGGUGGCAAUCUGGCAUUGGAUCAUCCUCUGAAGGCAGAGCACUUUGUCUUGACUCUCUGGGAAGGGAGAGCAAGUCCUUGCUUUGCCCAUGAAUCAUCCUCCAAGAGACCAUAGGAUUUCUGGAUUGUAUUUAUGGUUGUUUCAGUGGUAUUCAGUUCUGUAUGUGCAUGUGCAUUUUUCAUUUGAGGGGAAUUUCAGCGUGCACUGGUGGGGAGGAAUAGAAUGCUCUAUCUAAUGUUGGUAGACAAUAGACUGAAGUUGGUGCUACAGUUAGGAAGGGAAAAUGGGUAAUGUCACCCUACCUCAUGGCUGUGAACCAACCAAGCACAGCCAGGCUCCCCACUAGAGGUGAGGGAACAGACCAGGAGAUAGGCAGAAAGACUUCAACUUCUGAUACUUACCAUCAGCCAACCAGAGCUUGAGCAGCUCAGCCCUGGGAAAAUCUAUCUGGGUGGUGGGAUCUGCAGCUGCUCCUUCCCCAAGCAGCUCCUUAGUGCAAAAUAGCAUUGUAAACUGGGUUUGAAGCCACAUCAUGCUAUUCUUGCUUCAGUUACUCAUUUCUCUUCUGUGAAAUGGCUGCAUUUAUUGCCCAUGGGAGUCUUAGACGUUUCCAAAUAGAUACUGGGCCCCAAAAGGUUGGUGGCUCUUGGCUAUUGCACCUUCUCCCCUCUUUGCAAAGCUAUGAAAAUGUGUGGUGGUAAUGAUCAGUCUCUAAGAGUAGACAUGUUUUCCCCCCUACAGGCUAAUGCAGCAGUCCGUGGAAUCGGUUUGGAACAUGGCGUUUGACUUCAUUCUUGACAACGUUCAAGUGGUUUUGCAACAAACUUAUGGAAGCACAUUGAAAGUUAUCUGAACUGAUUUUAUAGGAAGGAUGUGGUGAGAGCCUGGAGCCCUCUGGUAGCUGUGCCAUAAGUGCUUGUGAGGUAUUUGCAAAGUGCAUGAUAGUAAAGCUACGUUUUUAUAAGUUGACUUUUUUUUAAAGAAGAAAGUGUUUUGUACAUUUCCUUUCAAGAAAGUGCCAAAAUUUGUCAGUAUUGCAUGUAAAUAACUGUGUUCAAAUUCUUUUAUUGUAGUAUAGAAUCUAUUUACAAAAUGUUGGUUUAUAAAAGUUUUAUGGAUUUUUACAGUGAAGUGUUUACAGUUGUUUAAUAAAGAACUGUAUGUAAUUUGUACAGAUUCUAUUGUCUUAGUGCUCCAGUUCUAUUAGAGGUAACUCUCUGAGAAGUUUUUCAAGCAACUGUUAACUCAAUGAUGCGAUAAAAUAGCAUUAAUGUUUAACAUUUAUAUAUUCCACUUCUAUCCAUUCAAGCUUACAGACACCAUACAGUGGCAAACAUACCUGUUUAAAGUGGUGGUAUGACAGAAAUACAGUUCUUUUAAAAAUACUCUUUCAUCCUCAUAACCUUUUUCCAAAGUUUGCUUGUUUGCAUAGUGACUUUAGGAGCAGACAAGGAGUUUCUAGGUGUUGCUUCUACUGUGUUGACUAAAAGCAGUGCUCGCUUCCAGUUUCAUGUAAGUAUAGGAUAAAUUCCAGCAAAUUUCAACAUCCUAAUGAUCACAGCUUAUUUCGUUUUAUUUUGUGAUUCUGCUAUUAAAAGCCCAGUGAAAUAUUUGAAGGCUGCAUGUGAAAGAGGCUAAAGAUAUGCAGUGAGAUAUGGCACAGUGUUCUUUAACACAGUUGUAUCCACUGUGGUGCCCUCCCAUUAUCCCAGACUUACUGGCUGUGUUGUUGUGGAAAGGAUGCUGUUGUUGGCUUACCUGUACCUUGCUUCAUUGUCCUAUCUGACUAGUAGAUAUUGGGGGCCAGUGAGGAACUGGGAAGUAGGGACCGAAGUGGGAAGUUCUACCUUCCCUUCCACUCACCCAUGAGUGUCUGCAUCCCUGCAGUUACAAGGGUGAGGGGACACACAUGGUUGAAUGUUUGCAACUAGAUAACCAAGAAGGGUUAGGGGUUUGUGGGUAUGUUUAGUUCCUUAGUUGCAUGUAGGAUCCCGUCAAGAUCUGCCUUCCAUGUCGUAUGUAACUUCAGCAGUGCUGCUCACAUGACAUGGGAUCCUCUCUAGCUUGCACCAUCCUAAAGGUGAUUUAGACUGUGGUUAUGUACACACUUACCCAAUAAUAAGUCCCCCUGAAUUCAGUGGCUAUAAAUACUGGAUUGCAGUGUUAAUCUACUAGUCCCCUUACCAGAUACUGCAAACAGCUCUACAAGAACUGUUCAGUUAAGACAAGACUGCAGCAGUCAUAUCUAGUAUCAAUUAAGUUGCAGCUGAACGAAUUAUUAGGAUCAGCCACUGGUAACAAUUUAACUUGACAGUUAUACAUGUUGCAUGCUGUGCUGCCUUUAUUAGAAGGUAAUUUAACAGGAUAAUGUCCAUUUUCCUUUAUUUUGCAGGUCAACAUUAUUACAGUUUGACAAACUGUGCAAGCAAAGGCAGCCAACUAUGCUUUACAUCAUUGUUUCACACAAAGCAAACACAGAUACCCAAUUGCCUAAUUUUUCUACCUUAAAAAAUUCCUAUAGGCACAAAGCAGAAGAAUGUUGAAAAAUCAAGGGGCAAAAAGAGGUAUGCAUAAAUAAACAAUUCUUACAUCAAAAAAAUUCCAAGAAUCACAACCUCUGCAGGACUUUGGUCAAUCAAAUACUGCAGCACUGAUCUUACCAAGUAUAAAAGUGAAAGUUGAGUUCUGUCAUAAAAAAUUAUUAUUUUUUUAUUUCAGAUGAGAGAUCUGG